AUGACAAGACAAGUCGAUUUUCACAGAAUUUGUACACAAUUAAAUCAAACAUUAAAUCGAAUUCUGGAAUAUGAUGCAAGUUGUCAACCAGCAAAAAAUUCGAUCGAUAUAUUAAUUCAACAAAAGUAUCUUAACGAAAAUGAAGCCUCGCAAGUUUGGAACAAUAUCAUCAAUCUUCACGGGAUAAAGUCUUUAAAUUAUAAAAAUAAGACAUUGGCAAUCAAUAUGAUUCAAUUGAUGGUCUGGUGGUUAAUUGAAAAACCAAGUGAAAUCAAAAGUGACUUAUUAAUUAAUUUACUUUGUCAAGAAAAUUCUGAUGAUCAGACAACGGUUGGUAUUCAUAUUCUCUUUUCAUUAUUCAAUAUACCUCAAUGUAAUGAGAAACAAAUCGAUGAUUUGAUCAAUCUCAUCUUCCAAUGUCUUCAUUUGAAUCGUAAUCGAUUAAAUGAAUUCUUACAUUUGAAUCCAGAAGUUUUUCGACCCAUUUGGAAAAUUUAUUUUGAUUCUGAUGAAUCGAUUCAAUCACGCGAAACACUCAACAAAAUUAUAGAUCUUUAUCUUAUGAGUGUUCAAUCAACUGAUGAACUCAUCUUGGUGUUGGGAUCCAUCGAUUUAAAUGAUGUACCAGUGAAACAUUGUCUUCACAAAUGGUCACUUCUCUUUGGUAAUUUAGCAAAAAGAAAUUUUCUUGAUAUCGAAGUGGUAAAAUUGCUCUUCGAACAGCUCGAUAUUUUGAAUGUGAACAAUCAUGAAAAUGAUUUAAAUAAAUUAAUUUUGAAUUUAUUAGAACAUUGGCCAAAAUUGACUCAAGAUGAUCAACAAUUAUUUAUUAUCGAUCGAUUAAUUAAUUUCAUUCAAAAGAUAUUUUCGAAACGAACAGAUCAAUCUGUUCAUCUUGUUGAAGAUUUGGCAAAACGAAUCUGUGCAAAAACAUCCGCAAAUGAUCAUCAUGCUGGAAACGAUUCUUAUCUGAUUUUAAUUGACAAAUUUCUUUCAAUUUUUGAACAAUUGGAAAUAUUUUCUGCAAUGACCAUUAUUGAUGAUGAUAUUAUCGAAUGGUAUGCCGAAUUCUUUCUCAAACAACAAAACAAUCUCAUCACUGAUCAAUGUUCAACUUUUAUAAAUAUUCUCAAACAAAUUGUCAAAAUAACGAAGAAAAAUUAUUUAAAAAUUUUCUUCAAUUUCACCAAGAAAUAUCCAAACAAAGAAUUUCUUUAUGAAAUCAUCGUUAAUUCGAUUUAUCCAAGUACAACUGUACUCAAAUUUGUUCAAGAGAUUUCUGCUGAUGAGAUUCAUCGAUUGAUAUCGAAUCUGAUCAAUGUAAUCAACUCGAAAUUUAUCGAUCGAUUAUUAAUAAUUAUUGAAAUAUUAUCUGAAAAUAUCCCAACACAUCUCAUUCUCUUUCAAUCAAAUCGUUUUGAUGAAUUAUUAAUGAAAUGGUUAUUAAACGAUGAUUCAUUUUCUACUAAUAUUCGUCUAAUUCGACUUUUACUUGAAUUUGGUACCAAAUAUGCUUCUCAUCAUAAUGACAUUUCUGAUUUUCUACUUGAAAAAUAUUCGACAAAAAUGUUUAGAAUUGAUUUUAAAGAUCAAAGUCCAUUUGUUGAAAUUCUUCUUUUUUUAUCCAAUGAUAUUCAAGAGACAAUUUAUUCAAAGCGACGAAAUGAAAUUUUGCUUGAAAGGUUCUUCUAUUCUGUUGAAGAUGAAUAUUCCGAUGCAUACGCGUCACAUUUAUUCAAUCUUAGUCAAAAUCUUCUCGAUCUUAACUUAAGAAUAAAGUUAACCGAUCUACUCUUACCUUACAUUCCUGAAUUUUUUGGCUUUCUUGAUCAAUCUGAAUCAAUUAAAGAAGAAGCAUUGAAAAUUCUUACUUUUCUUAUGAAUUUCACGGAGAUUGAACGAACUUCACUACUUGAAACUAUGCACAUUAAAUUAAAUCACGACGAACCUAAAGCUUCGGUUGACACAAUCCAAACAACAACAAAGGAUAUCGAUCAUCGACUAAAAAGCUUUUUUACAUCGGAACAAGUUCAAUAUCGAAACUGCGAACCUGUUCGAGCGACUCAUUUUGCUGCUGUUCGAGAAUUUCUUGUCAACUUAAAGGAAGGUGAAUUCGAUCGAUUAUUUCGUGAGCGAAUUGCAACAGAGAAAGACAACACCGAAAUCAUUCCCAAUCAAUUAGUAUCUACUCCAACAACGAUUGAAAAUGUUUUGAAAAUUUGUGAACUUACUUAUAAUCCGAUUCCGAUCCUUCUCGAAGGAGGAACAGGUGUUGGCAAAAGUGCAGUAGUUAUGGAAGCUGCUCGACGAUGUAAUAAUCAAAAACUAAUUCGAUAUAGUAUGUCUUCACGUGUCACUAUUGAUGAUCUUUUAGGAAAGACAAUGCUUAGUUAUGAUCAAGAACAAAAGAUUGAUCGAUUUAAGUUUCUUCCAGGACCAUUUACUAGUGCAUUUAUUAAUGGUGAUUGGAUUCUCUUAGAUGAACUUAAUUUAGCACAAGAUACAGUGUUACAAGCUAUUGAAUCAGCAUUGGAUACUCAACAAUUGAAGAUUUAUAAUAAUGGAUCAGCUGAAGAAUCGAUUCUCAAUUAUCAAAUGAAUCCAAAUUUUCGUUUGUUUGCAACACAAAAUCCGAACAGUGGUUUCUUUAAAGGGAAGAGAGAACCGUCGUCAAGUUCGUUUUUAAGCCGUUUUCGUCUAUUGAUUUUCAAAUCUUUGAGUUUGAAUGAAUGGUAUCAAAUCGCAUUAGAACGAUUUCAUAUGAAUCCAAUUGAAGCUGAGAAAUAUGGAGUCUUCCUUGUAAAAAGAUUUCUUAAAAAUUUAGAAACAACUAUGAAUGAUCCAUCAAAAAAUGAAUUAAUUGAACGUGGGCCGUAUGUGACAAAUUCUAUUCGUGAACUUCUCAAAUGGAUCGAUCAUCUAAAUUGGCAAAGAGAAAAUGAAUCAUGGCCAACUAAUGAUCACGAAUGUUUAUCAAUGCUCAGUUUCAAUGCUUGGUGUAUCUAUGGAGCACGAUGUCGCACUAUAGGUCGACAAUUAAUCAUUAACAUUCUCACUGAUUAUCAAAGAGGUGGAUGGGGAAAUCCAUUAAACGAAAAUCCUUCUAUUCGAAUUGGCUUAAAACAACAAAAAAUUUACUUUGAUCAUAUUUCUUGUCCAGUUCAGAUUCAAUCAUCAUUGUUACAAAAUUCUCAUGAUCAAUGGACUUCAAUCUUUCGUGAAACUAUUCCAUUUAAUCAAUCAAUUUGGUCAUUAGCUUUGGAAAUCCACAUAACUGUGUAUAAAGCAUUAAUGGAUGAGGAUUUCAUUCGUUUACAUGGAAUCUAUUGUAUUGAUCAAUCGUGGUUAUAUCAUUGGUUACAUUCAGCUUCGACUUUUCUAAAUGAAACUGAUCAAUUUCUUUGUCAUGGUUACAAACAAUAUGUUGCUCGUUUACGACAUCAAAAAGCAUAUGAAACUGUUCGAAACUGUUUUCAAAUUCAUGUGAAAAACAUCGAUUUAGCCAAGACUUCUAUCGAUUCGUCUUCGAUUCAAGUCGGAAUGCCUUUUAUUUUGACAAAACGAGUUUUGCGCACAUUUAAAGAAGUUGCUUUUCACGCAAAUAUUCAUCAACCAAUUCUAUUGACUGGUCCUGAAGGAUGUGGAAAAUCCGACUUAUUGUUGACUCUUGCUUGGUUGCAUGGUCAACAAAUCAAUCAAUUGAAUAUUACAACUGAAACUGAACCAUCACUUUUCAUCGGCCAAAUGACUCCGAAUGACAUGAAGAAUUCAAAUGAAAAACUCAUUUGGAAAGAUGGUUAUGUAACUCAAUCGUAUGUUAAAGGACAUUGGAUUUUGUUGGAUAAUUUUAAUAGUGCAGAAGCGUCAGUUAUCGAAAGACUUAAUCCAAUUCUUGAAGAUAAACCAAUGUUAAUUUUAACAGAGAAAGGUGACGACAAAGAAUUGACGAUGCAUUGUAAUUAUCGUCUUUUAGCUACAGUGACAACUCCUCAUUUCAGUACCACUUCAUCAAUGAAAUUUGAUGAAUUAUCACCUUCGCUUUACAGUCGAUUCGCUGUUGUUCAUAUGCUUGAUUUUGAUUCGAAAUCUGAUGAAUUAGAUCUAUUAGCCAAUGGUCUUUUGUCUGAUGAAGAUGAAAAUCUAUCAAAAUUUGCCGUCGAAAUAAUUCGUCAAAUAUGUGAAUUUUCAUCAAAGAACAUGAGCGCCAUUCCUCAUUUGACUUUGAGAACGAUUAUUCGAUUCCUCGACAGUGUUUGUCGUCUUUAUCAACGAUUCAAAUCGACAAUGGAUUCAUUAUCAAUACUUUGGAAUGCUUAUCAAAUCACCAUCGCAAAUCAAUUGAAAGGUGAACAGAUGAAGAAUAUUCUAUCCAACCAAAUCGAAGAAAUUCUUAAACGUCAUCGAAAUUUAUCCACAUUUUCAAAAUUACCGUGGUCAUCGUGGAUUCCUCGAAAUUCCGAACAUAUCUUGACUUCAAGUCGAGAAAACUACGCUCUUGCUAUUCUAGGAGCUGUUCUUUGCAAUAUUCCUGUACUUCUCGAAGGCCCAUCAGCUGUUGGUAAAACUAGUUUGAUUCAUCAUUUAUGUCAAUAUGUUGAUUACAAAACAAUGUUCAAUCGAGAUUGUGUAUCGUCGAUUAAACUCGAACGAGUUAAUAAUAGCGAAACAACGACUAUUCAAGAUUAUUUGGGCACUUAUUUACCGGUUAACGAUGGAUUUCUUUUCCAAAAAGGUGCUCUUUAUCGUGCAAUGGAAAACGGUUGGUGGUUUCUUGCUGAUGAAUUUAAUCUUGCUGAUCCAUCUGUUAUGAGUGUUCUUUUCCCAUUACUUGAAGGGAAAAAUUCGAUUGUUAUUCCAUCAACUGGUGAAGUAAUUUAUGCUAAAGUUGGCUUUCAAUUUUUUGCCACACAAAAUGAUUCUUCAUAUCUUAAUCGACAUCAAUUACCGAAUUCACUUCGUAAUCGUUUUCUUGAAAUUCAAUUUGAUGAUUUUCCUAAGAAUGAACUUUGUGAAAUUCUUCACAAACGAAAAAGAACCUGUGAAAGAAAUUUGAAUGAAGAUGAUUCUAAUCGAUUAGCUGAUUUUUAUCAUCGAUUGAUUAACACUCAAGCUCGAUUAACUUUUCGUGAACUAAUUAAAUGGAUUCAUCGAGAUGAACUUUUCUCCUCUAAAAACGAUCUUUCACCAUUGACGGGAUUGUCAUUACUUAUUGCAAAAUAUCCUUUGCAAUCAAAUAGUCGACAACAAAUUAUCGAACAAUUGAAAGAUAUUUGGAAAACAAAAGAAUCUUUAUUAAAUCCCAAGUUUGAAAUCAAGCAGAUCGGUGGAAAUAUCCUUCGAUUUCAAGAAAAUAAUCUUUCGAUGGACAUUGAAACAAUUCCAUUCGAACAAAGUAUUGUUUCACUUUCACCUGAAUGUUUUAAACAAUCGCUCAUUCGUCUUGCUCUGGCUGUCAAUGCUGGUGAACCCGUACUUUUAAUUGGACCAAAUUCCUAUAAAAGUCUUCUUGUCGAUACUUGGGUCAAAUUAAUCAAUCGUUCUGAUGAUUUCAUCAAAGUCCAUUUGACUAAUGAUACCGAAACAAACGAUUUAAUUGGUGAAAUUCAACCGUAUAAUUGUAUCGAUUUGCUGAAAAGAUUAGGAAAUAUUGUUCAAAACUUUAUUCAACGUUUUCGAAGUUUGUGUUCAAAUGAACGAGAUGAAAAUAUUGAAGGAACAUGUCUAAAACAAUUGACUUUGUUAGUCAACAAAGAUCUUGUUGAAGCAAUAAGAAACUUUGAAAAUCUUUCGAAUAUUUCCAAUGAACAAUAUCAAGAAAAAGAUUUCAAAUUCAAUAAUUUCAAUCAAUUACAUGAACAAACUGAAAAAUACCUAUGGCCAAGUAUUAAGAAGUCAAAUGAACAAGUGUUUGAUGAUGAUGAUUAUCAAUAUGAUGACGAUGCUUAUGAUCAAGUGGAAUCCGAUACAACAGAAACUGUAUUAGAAACAACGAUGGAUGUGUCUCAUAGUUCGAUUUCAAUUGAAGAAGAUCAAUCAAUUGUACGAACCCCUUCGGAUAUUUUCAUCAACCAAUAUUCUUUCAAUAAGCACAAACUCACGAGAGAACUUUAUGAAAUAAUCAAGAAAAUUUAUCAUUUGAUUGAUGGAAAUGAUGUGUUGAAAAGAUUUUGUUCAAUAGAUCCAACAUUAUCUGAUUAUCGAUCGAAAUUGAAUGAACUUUAUCAAAGUUUAUCUCAUGAAAAUCUUGAUCUUCGAAAACCAUAUUUUUUGUUUAACGAUGGACCAGUAACAAAAGCAGCGAAACAAAGUGGAAUUUUAUUUUUUGAAGAUCUUGAUCUGCCCAAUCAAACUGUUAUUGAAAGAUUAAAUUCAAUGUUUGAAACUAAUCGAACAUUUACAUUAACUGAAGAUAUAACAACAUCUGGAACUGACAGACAAUUAGAAAUUAAAUUAACAAAACAUUUUCAAAUCUUUGCCAGUGUUCAUCAAGAUGAUUUUCAUCAACAAAUCAAAUUAAGUGCAGCAACACGAUCACGUUUUACUCAGAUUUAUAUUUCUCCUUAUAAUGAAGAUGAUUUAAAAGAUUUAGUUAAAAUUCAUUUGAAUCAACAAACAAAGUCUUCGGAAGAAAUUAAUUUAAUGUUUUCUCUUCGAACAAAGAUUCAUUGUGAAAUGGAAAAUAAAUUGUCUAAUGAUGUUCAUUUAUUAUUUCGGUGGAUUGAUUUUAUUAAUCAACAUAAAAAGGAUGUUACUUUGAUGGAGAAGAUUCUCAUUGGUGCUCGUUUUAUCUAUUUUGAUCUUUUACCAAUGGAUCGACAAUUAACCGUCUUUGAUGAUUGGUUACAAUCACAAAAUAAAACACAAGAAUUCGGAUGUUAUCGUCGAUUUUUUCAACAAUUUCCCAUAAUGAAUCAAAAUGUUUUUAAACUUACUGAAGGACAACUUGUUUUGGAUACUUUUGAUUUAAGAAUUCCUUGUGAUGAAAAUCAACACGAAUUCAAUCAACGAUUGAAGAAAUUUGAAGAAAAUUUUGUUGCUACAUCAACAUCGAUUAAUCAGAUCGCUCGUAUUUUCACCGCUGUUUCUUGUCGAACUCCAUUAUUACUCGAAGGACCACCUGGUGUUGGUAAAACACAAAUUAUUCUUCAAAUAGCGUCAUUAAUUGGAAUGAAAUGUGAAAGAAUAAGUUUAUCAGGAAAUACAACACUUGAUCAAUUAAUUGGAUGUUAUGUUCCUCGAUUUGUCAAAAAUGUUCGUGUCUUUCAAUGGCAACAAGGUCGAUUGAUUUCAGCUAUUCGAGAAAAACGAUGGAUUUUACUUGAUGAAUUGAAUUUGGUUUCUCCAGAAGUUCUUCAAGGUUUAGCACCAUUGUUUUAUCGUUCUACAAAAUAUUUUCAUAUUCGAAUGACUGACGAACGAAUCUGUUUAGAUAAUAUUCAGAUCUUUGCUACGAUGAAUCCAUCAAAUAUUAACAAUGGAAGACAUCGAUUAGCAAGAUCAAUUCAAAAUUUAUUUGCUCUUGUUCAAGUUGAUGAUUAUCAUGAAGAAGAAAUACAAAUGAUUCUUCACAGAUGGUUCGCAAAUGUUCAAAUAAAUAAUGAGCAAAUCAAUGCGUUGUUUCAAUUACAUCUUUCAUUCAAAUUACAACUUUCACAAGGUGUUCUUAGUCGAACAAGAGCCUCUUAUAAUGUUAAUCUGAGAGAUUUAGCUAAAUUUCGUGAUGUUUUUUGUAGUUUAAUCAAUAGUCAAUUAUUUCAUGAAGAUGCACAAAUGAUUUCAUCUGUGGAUAAGAAUUUUCUUAUUCUUCAUUCUCUCCGAAAAUCUGCUCAGAUUGUUUAUGCUAAUCAGUAUCAAGAUGAAAAUGAUUUUCAGCACGCAUCAAAUAUGAUUAAUGAAAUAUUUCCAAUUUCAAUAGAAUUCCAGGAAAAUGCUCGUUUUAUUGAAACAUCAUCAUCGUCAACAUUUAUUCGUAUUGGAUCGAUUUGUAUGAAAAAAGGUUCUCAUUUUCAAUCCACAUUUACAUCUGAAUUAAUUCAUACAAAAAGAACGAUUGAACAAUUAGAACUUCUUGCUGCUGUGUGUCAAUCGAAACGAACGAUUUUACUUGAAGGUGAUGUGUGUUCAGGGAAAACUUCCUUAGUUAUUGAAUUAGCUCGAUUGACACAAAAUAAACUCGUUCUUAUACCUUUACAUGAGAAUUUUCAAAGUAGUGAUCUUAUUGGUUCAUUGUUACCAUCGAUCUUUGAUAAAAAUCAACAUCCAGAAUUCGUUAAAAUCGAUGAAUUAUUUCAUGAAAUCGAGAAAUUCAUUUUAAUGAACAUUCUGCCAAUUCUUUCAAAUAUUUAUAUUGAUUUUCAACCAUUUUCAUUGCUGAAAAGUAUUCUUCAAUUGAGAAAGUCCAUAUCGAAAGGAAAUUUGAAAGAAUUUUGUGCUUUUCAAAUCGAAUCACUAAAGCAAAUGAUCGAUCUUCUAAAAAAAUUCAAUCAAAUCGAAGAACAAAAAGUGAAAACAUUUGUAACUCAUUAUCAAAAGAAACUUGUCGAUGCAAUGGAAAUAUUGGAAAAUAUUCAAACAAAUCUCACAACAGAAAUGGCAUUUACUUUCGUUGAAUCCGAAUUGAUUCAAGCGAUGACCUAUGGUUCAUGGGUUCUUCUCGAUAAUCUAAAUAGUGCAUCGAUUGAUGUUUUGGAACGUUUAAAUUCAUUAACUGAAGAAGAUUCUUUUCUUUAUUUACACGAACAUCCUGAUCAAAGAAUUUUUAAAAGAUCAGAUGGAACUAUUCAUGAAAAUUUUCGUUUAUUUACAACAGCAAAUUUCAAUCGAAUAUAUUCGAAUAAAUUAUCAGAAGCAUUUUUAACUCGUGUCAUUCGAUUUUCUUUACCACAAAUUGAUCAAACUGAUCAACUUGAACAUCUUGUCAAGACUCAACUUGCUGAUCUUUCUGGUGGACAUGAAUUUGCUCAAGUGUUUGUUACAAUGCAUCGAUAUGUGAAAGAAAAUGUUGUUAAACAACAAUUGAUUUAUCCAAAUCAUUUUCAAACAAAUCUCUCAUCUGUUGACGCUUGUGUUUAUUCUCUUUUUCGUUCUUAUUGUUCAUCAUUAUCAAAUGAUGAACAACAUCGAACAUUUCUUCGUCAAUUAGAUGAAGUUAUUGUUUCAUUAAAUCUUCAUUUAUCAUCAACGAUAUUCUCAGCACCCGUUUCGUUCAACAAUAAUCGAGAUGAACAAAUUCUUCAAUUGAAAAUGAUUUCAUUGGAACGAUUUAUGAUGACAUUAUCUAUCAAUGUAAUUGAAUUUCUUCCUUCGGAUCAAAUUCGAAAUGUUUUGUUGUUCAUUCUCGAUGAAAUUCUAUUACAUAUCUUCCCAAAUAAUGUGGAAUUAAUUGAAGCAAAAAAUCGUUUAGUCAAUGAAGAUCAAACUGAACUGAUUUUGGAAAUUGUUAAACGAUCAAUACAAAUUGAAAACAUUGAAAAACAAUUGACAUUAGAAAUAUUUAUCGAAAAUGUUCUCAAAUCAUUGCAAAUCUAUGUUGAAAAUAUAUCAAUAGCACUGGAAGAUUAUAUUCUCAACUGUUCAUAUACCGAUGUUCAGCAACGACGAUGUUUUAUUCAAAGAAUUCUUUCUGUUAUCGAGAUUUUCUCUCAAUUUUUCAAUUAUUUAACAUUUUCGAAACGUUUCCGUGGAAUUUCAUCGUGUUUUCAAUCUCUCGUUGCUUUUCGAGAUCAGUUAAAUCCAUUGAAAAUCCUCAUUGAACCCUCGUUUAUUGAAUUUCGAAGUAAAUAUUGGGAAACAAUUACGAAAGAUUUGACAAUCAACAUAAAUCUUCUUUGUGUUUUUGAAGAACUUCAAUCAAAACCAAUUCGAUUUGUAGAUAAACAAAUUCGACGAUUGAUCGAAGGAUUUCUUUUGUCCAACACUUGUUCAUCAACAAGUCGUGAUCUUUUACAGAAAUAUCUCAUCAUUUUAGAAUUUAUUCGAAUUCAUUGGACUUUUAAAGAUUAUUUGAAUAAAUCAAUUCGUCAAUCAUUACAAGAAAAUGUUUCAAUUACCGAACAAUUUCUUCUCGAAUGUGAUCUCAAAUAUGCUUCAUUGGAUUUACAUCGACAAAUUGAUAAACUAAUCGAACAAACAGUGAGGAAAUUACCAGCUGAAGUUGAAUCUGAUCAAAUCAAUGACGAUUUUCUUCGAAUAAAACAACAAUUAGAAAAUGAAAGAAAACAAUUUGAAGAUUUACAAAAUGAAAUUGAUGAAAUUCAGCGACGUCUCAAGAAAUCAAAUGAUGAAGAAAUCUCACCAUUCUUGGAUUUUAUAACACCGAAUGUCGCGAUUCUUCAACCAUUUGGAGAAAAUCUUCAAUCAAAAGAUCAUGAAAUUCAAAGUCAACUUUGUUUAAAACAAAAAGAUUUAGAAAAAUUGAGUCAACAAAUACAACGAUCAACACAACAAUUCAACGAAAUCAAAGAGAAAUAUAAGAAAUAUCUUGAUAAAGCAAGUGAAGCGCGAAAUGUGUUUCGUUCCUCUUUGGAAAAUAUUCUUCAACUUUCAUCAUUUGAUAAACUUCGUUUGAAUUAUGAGAAAAGUAAUACAGAACAAUUAAAUCAAUUAUGCGAAUGUUUUCAUCGAUAUCAUUCAAAAUUGAAAUUUACUACUAAAGAUUUUCCUAUCGAUUUCAAUUCUUUGAUAAAUACAACGAAUAUUAAACAAUUACUUGGUAAUGAACAAAUUAGAAGAUCACCUUUGUUUUUCUUCAUUUCCACAUUUUAUUGUCUUCCACAAUUUUCACAUGAAAUUUCUAUUCGAAUUUUCUCCAAUUGGAAUCAAUUAAUCGAACAGAAUAUCGAUAUUAAUUCAUUUAAUGCAAAUCUCGAGUUAUUUUUUUGUCCAAAUCAAAAUCCCAACGAUUGUGCUCGUCUCAAAUUUCUUCGCGAAGAUCAACAAUUCACCGUGAAUAUUUUCAGUUUGAAUCGACAAUUUCCUCUUGACGAAUUACAAAAUUAUUUCGAAAAUCUUUUACCUUUGAAUAUUGAUUUAUAUAUUGAACAAAUGAAUUCAUUCAAUAAUCAAAAUCUUCUCUCAAAUGAUCAUCCAGAUCUUUUCUCUUUUUGUUGUUUAUUACAAAUAAUGAAUGAAAUACAUCAAAGUGAACAAGAUAAACUCUAUGAACAAGGUUUAAACAUUAUUCAACGAUUAAUUGAUAAAAAUCCACUUCGAACGCGAAUUUCACCUGCUAUUACUUAUCAUCAAGUUUGUUCAUUGAGAAAUCAAGCUGAACUUUAUUAUCGAAAUGAAAUCAAUGAAAUGAAUCAAUGGUCAAUCUGUGUACUUCAAUUGUGGAAUUUGUUGAAACCUUUUCAAAUUGAAUUUUCUUCUUCAACUUGUCAAACUAUUGAAGAUGAUCUUCAUAAUACAAUCAAAUCAUUAAAAAUUCAAACUCUUAAUGCACGUCUUGUUUCAUUAGCCUUUUUAGAAACUCAAUCGAAUUCAUUUGUUUCGAAACAUUUAAUUGCAAAUAGUUUAACAAUCGAUAAACAUCCCAUCACUAAACAAUCAAUUGAUGAAUAUUCAUUUCUUCUCAAUGCAAUACAAAAAAGUCAAUUACUAAUGAAAUUAAUCAUUGAAUUUGUGAUUAAUAAUGAUAAACUCGAUUUGGAAAAGAUUUACCAAAAAAUGAUUGAUUUUGUUGAUUAUUUACAAAAAAUUUUUCAUUCGAUCUUUUCCGUAAUUGAUAUGAAAAACGUAGUUUUACAUAUCUCUCAACAUUAUUCGAAAGAACAAUUAAACGAAUUUCAAAAGAUUAUCAAUGAAUUUCUGAGUAACAUCGAUUUUCCAUCAAUGUUAAUACGAAAACACAAUUUGGAAAAUUUCAUCUCAAAUCUUUGGCCAAUGUUUGAUAUUCAACGAAAACCUUUAACACUUAUCAAUACACAUUCAAUUAUUCGACGUUCAAGUUCAUUUGAAAGUCUCCUUUGUCGUCGAGAAAUGAUUGAAAAAACAAUUGAAGAAAUUCGUUGCAAUUUAAUUGAUAUUCUUUCACGAAUUAAUCAACUUCCCUUAAAACCACAUGAAUUAAUUCGUCAAAUUCAUUCAACAAUAUACGAAUUAAAAAGCUUCAAUAUUGAUCAAAAUAAUGAUAAUCAUUUGAAAAUAUUUCGAAAUAAGGAAAAACAAAUUAUUCAAUCUUAUGAAUUAUAUCGAAUAGAAAUUAAGAAUUAUAAAUCAUUACAAAUUUAUUUACCAUUCGAUCGACCAAUUAGUAAUUUAAAUGAACAACAAAUUCGUAUUACUCAUCCAAUUGAGAUCGAUUUGACGAAGAAUUUUGAAGAAUUUGAAAGAAUUCAAGAGAAUAUUUUUCAACGAAGUCAUUGUAAAACAUUAUUUGAUGUUGAUCAACUUCCACGUUUAGUUCACACAUCAAUUAUUAAUCAAUUGUGGCUUCAUACUCUUUCUUUGUUUAAUAAAGAAAAUUAUGAAGAAUUCAAAUCAUCUUUAAUGCUUUUAAAUGAUGAUUUAACUAUCAAAUAUAAUUGUCAAUCAAAUGAAAAGUUCUUUUUUAACGAAAUUAUUAGAAUUUAUUCUCAACAUCGAUGUCAAUUGUUAAUAAAUGAAUGGAAACAAAAGGAAAGUCUUUCAAAUUAUCGUUUAGUAGCAGAUUUUAUUCGUACUUUCAAACAUUGGCCUCGUAAUCUUCAUGUCAAUAUGUUUAAUCUACUUGAUCAUAUUCAAAUGUUCAAUGAUAUUUUCAAUAAUACACGAAAUAGAUUGAAAAACUAUACAACAGAAAUGAUUUGUGAUUUAUUACCAAUAGAAAUUCGACCUGAAGAUUUAAUUUGUUUUUUUGCACCACAAUAUACAACAAUUAUCAAUGAAUUGAUAAAAAAACUUGAACAAAUCGAUGAGAAAUUAUCGUGUAAGAUUGAUGAAAUUGAACCGAUCUCUUUAACUUUUCUUGAUCCAUCAACGGAUGAGAAAUCACAUGGUUUAGUAAGUUUCUUCUAUUAUGAUCAACAUUCGCGAAAAAUUCCUUUAUUCGAUGAGAGAAAACAUAUUCAUUAUAUUAUUGACCGAACAUGUCAAUAUCUUCAACAACUAAUCAACACCAUUAUUGAUAAUAAUUCUCAAAAAUCAAAUCUACUUUCAAUUGCCACCAGUUACAAACAAUUGUUUCCUCUUCAGAUUUCAUUGUCCUGUGCAUUUUUAAUAAUUAGUGAUUGGUCAGCAAUGUGUUUAGAAGAUUCUCCGACAUUUGUUGAACAUUUAGUUUUAAGGAAAUUCGACGAAAUCCAAAAUCAGAUCAAACAAAUGGAAACAAAUUUGAAACAAAUGACAAAUCAAUUGACGAAAUCUUCCAUCGAACUUGAAGAAAAAGAAAAAUAUCGAAAAGAAAUUGAGAAAGAGUUAAAACAUCGAUCCAAUUGUGAAUUCAUCGUUCAACAACGUCUCGAACAAGAUUACAAUGUUACCAAUAACAAAUGUCAAAUAAUGCAUAGUGAACAUCAACGACAACGAGAAAAUGUCGAAUUCUUACAAAAUCAAUUGAAAGAUUUUCGUCUUUCAGCACAACAACAAAUGAAGAAUGAACAGAUUCAAUGGUUUGAUCGCUUUAAACAAUCAUUCAACCAAAUUUCCCAUUUAAUAAGACGUUUUAUCAUUCCACAGAAUCAUCAUGACAUGUGCGAACAAAUACCAAAUCAUGAUGAAUGUUUAACUGCAUUAGUUGAUUUCUUCAAUCACGAUCUUUUUCAAUCGAUCGAAGACAAAAGAUUUAAUAAUGAUGAGAUUUAUCAAUUGAACGAACAACAGAUUGAAUCUUUUAUGAAAGAUUUACGUGAAUUAGCAAAUGAAUUACAAGAAAGUGAUACAAUGUUCUCUUUCUUACAUUUCUAUUUCAAUGUCAUAUCAAUGUCAUUGUGUUCAUUGAAAAAUUCGAUUUUUAAUUGGAAAAAUUAUUUGAAAACAAUUCAAAGUUCAGAAAUUGAAUCUUUUAUUUCAAAUGGAACAAAAGAAAUUCUUUGUCAAUUGAAAUCUUCUUUAAUAACAAAAUCUUUUCAAUUUAUUCAUCUUGUUCGUAAUGCUCACGAAUACGAUGAAGUUAAAAGAUCAGCUGAAGAAAUUUAUAAAACUCUUCGAUGUCAAACUGAUCGAAUAAUCAAUCAUCUCAUAAGUCAACGAUUAUCCGAACAAGUUCAAAAUCUUUUCAAUGAUUUUAAUCAAUUCAUAAUUAAUCUUUUAUUAAUUGGUUGUAAAUAUUCACAAAAACAAUUUCAAAUUGAACACACAUUAGAUGAUUUACUUAUUGGUUUUACGUUUGAGACAAUUGAUUUGAAAUCUUUAAACAAAGAAAUUGAUUUACUUCAAUUACUUGAUGAUUAUGAAAUUCAAAUCAAAUCACAUAUGAAUAGUUUAUCAAACAUUAUUUUACAUUUAACAUUUGAUUUUAAUUCAAGUUUAUAUUCAAAUUUUGAAGAACUCAAUCAAUUAAAUCUUUCAUUUAUUGAACUUGUUGUUCCAACUGCUUUUAUGAUCGAAAAAACUUGGUCAACUAUUCUCACAUUAUUUCAUCAAAUCAAAUUUCAUCUUUUCACCGACGAAUUUUCUCUUUUUCUAUCAAUUGCUAAGGAAUUCGAAAAAUUUGUUCAUUCUUCAUAUGAAACUAAAAAUCAAUUCAUUUUUCUUGAUUCAAAAUUUGAUAUUCAAUGUUUUGAACAGAUUUCGAACUUUCUCAAUACUCUUUGUGAUUUGUUGAUUCGACGACGAGCAAAUAUUCAUUCAUUUUGUAAUGAAAUGAAAGAACGAUGGAAUUUAACUUGUCGCGAACUUUUCCAAGGAUUUAUCAAAGUCAAAUUAAUCGUCUUGAAUAGAAAUAUCGAAAAAUAUCGACGAAUAGAAAAAGAUUUUCAUUCACAGACAAAUCGAGAAACAAUGAAAUUAGCUGCGAUUGAUCCAAUUCUUGUGAAAAGAAAAGAUCUUCAAAAUCAAAAUGAACAAUGGAUCAAAUUAAAACAUCUUCAAGUUCUUUAUCAUUUACUUUAUCACGGAUUGAAUCAAUUUGCAAGAAAAUUCGAUGAAAUUCCAAUUCAAUUGAUUGGCUAUCAAUUAACAAUGAUUUUCUUGAACAAAACUACAAAAAUAUUUCAACAAGCAGAAGAUCUCUUCCUUCAAUAUUCAAUAUUUGACGUCGUCGAUGAUCGUUCAUCGAUUUUAUAUGAAUUACUCAAUGAAAUUUUUCAAUUGGAAAAUAAAUUCUUCAAUGAAACAUAUUUAGUCUUAUUGAAGACACAACUCGAAGAACUUUAUGAAAAGAAUUGGCAAUUAAAUGAUAAAUUAAUAUCAACCAAUUCAUCUUCUACGCAAUGGAAAUCAGCGAGUCUCGCGUUUCUCAAUCUUCGAUAUGAAACACGAAAGAAAAUGCUCAACAAGACAAAUCAAUCGAUAAACUUAAAAUAUAAAGAACAAAUUCCAUUGAUUAUUGAAGAUGUUCGAAAAAGAAUUCAAGUUGAGCAAUGGGGUAAUGAACAAAUCUUUACUUUAGCCACAUCACAGUUUUUAGUGAAAAAGCUUAUGAAUCUUUAUGAACGCUAUGAAAAGUCACUAAAUCUACAAAAAAUUGAUUUUAGAGAAAUAUUUCCAACAACGAAAAAUGUUUUCACUUUUGAAAUCUUUUCUAACGAAAUUGUCUCGGUUAAUCUUCAUUUUUGGGUUAAUGAUCAAGAUCAAAGUGAUAUUCAAUUUCCUAUGAAAAUUUCUCGUCGUCAAUCUCAAGUCUCAUUUGUUAUUAAUACAACAAUUAAACAAAUCUCCAUUGAAAUCAAUUCACAAUUUGGACCAAGAAUAUCUUGGACAGAUCUUGUCAAUCGUGCAAUGACUUAUCGAUACUCUAAUGACUUCUAUAUUAACAUCACUCGUCGAUAUGAAAGUUCUCUCAAUUAUAUUGUUGAUCGACACGAAAAUUCUCUGGAAAACAGAUCUUUUGACGAACUUAGUACCACUAUUGAUCAAUUAGAUAAUGAUUUCACUCAAAUUAUCCAAUCUGAGAACGAACAUCAAUUAUGGGAAAACUCACCGAUCACUCGUGGUCUAAAGAGUUUGAAUAAUUGUUUUGAGAAAGUCAAAGAACUUCUUCGAAUUCGUCGAUUAAAUCCGGAAGAUUUGAAAAAUGAUGAAAAUAUCGAACAAAUCUUUGCAAUUCUUCCGAAUUUAGAGAAAUUCCGACAAUCGGAGAACUUCUUAGAAAUUGAUGAACUGCAAUCGAUUAUCGUUCCAAGUGAAAUUGUCGAUGAUAAUGACGCAGCACUUCAAACAGAUUUCGUUUAUGUUUGGACAAAAUCAAUGGAAAAAGCGUAUCUUCAAGCAAAGAAAAGUCUGUUAGAAAUUAUUCCAAAGAUUCAACAACGAUUUUCUGCUAUUUGUUCGAUUAAAGUUCAUUUAUUGUUAAUUUAUGCUUGUUCGAACAAUCGAAUAAAUCGACAAGACAAAUUCAAUGAAAUGAUCGAUGAUUGUCAAAAGUUAUUUCAAUAUUCAACAAAAAUUCAUCUUGAUAAAGAAAAACAAAUGUUGGAUGAAGCACAAAGAUUCUUCCAGAAACGUCAAAAUCCCACAAAACUUCACAAAGAAGUGCAAAUGUUAAUGAAAAUCAAUGAAUUUACAAUUGAAGAUGAACUUGACGAAGCAUUUCAUCAUUCUCGAAUGGAUCGUGAUGUUCAUUUAUGGUUAACUUUUGAUCCAGAGACCGAUUCGAUUGUUGCUCAUCCAAAUCCAGCUCAAUUAAAUUUUGGUAUCGCCCUCCGUUAUGUUAAUCAACAAAUCAUUCAACGGAUUUAUAUUCAUAACUGUUCACAACAGAAAUUUACUUUGAAAGUUGAACGAAUUCCAACCAAUGAUGAUGUUUUUCAUUUGAAUAACGAAGAAAUUCUUCUCAACAAUGGUCAAAUGGGAGAAUUCGAAGUUUUAUUAAAACCUUUCACUAAAAGUCAACAAAUUGAAGAAAAUUUCAGUUUGAAAAUCAAUGAGAAGACAACAUUAAUUAAUGCAAUCAAAGCAACAGUACGCAUCGUCAAUGUUGAUGUCGAACUUUCCGAAUCCAAGAUCGAUUUUGGUGUUGUUCCCUGUCGUGGACGACCAAUUGAGAAAACAAUUUUCAUUACCAAUGUUUUACCAUGUGCAGUACGUGUCAGAGGACAAAUCGUGUCAAAUGAAAAUCAGAAUUUUCAUUCAAAAUUGACGAUUUUAGAAAAAGAUUUGAUUUUAAAAAUUGAUGAUAAAUUACCAUUUCGAAUAAUUCUUCAACCAACAGAAAAUGUCGAAGAAAUCAUUCACGCUGAUCUCUCACUUGCUGUCGACACCGGAAAGAAUCUCAAAUGGAUUCCAAUUUCAGCAAAUGUUCAAAAGAGUUCAUUGAAGAUCUUCUAUGAAGAUCAAUUAAUUCUUAACAAUGUUCAAUCAGGAGAGAUUUUUCUUCAGAAUUUUUAUCCUGGUGAACAAAGAAAAAUUCCAUUGAAAAUGAUCAAUAAUGGUUCUGUUGAUUAUGCCAUUCAAUUAUCAUCUAAUGAUGAAGAAAUUCAAGUUGAAGAUCAACAAAUUGAUUUACCAAAAGAUAUCAGAAAAAUAAUUGAAAUUCAAUUCAAUAUUUCUGAACAAAUCAUUCGAAAAGAACUUUGUCUAAACAUUGAUUUUGUAAAUAUUCAUCGUCGAUGUCAAAUUCUCUUUAAAUGUCAUGUUGUUCGACCUUCAUUAAAAUAUCAUUUACGCGAUAGUGAUCGCGAUCAUACAAUUAUCAUCGAGAAUGAACAUCAACUGCAAAAUCUUUGGAAUUCCAAUAAACAUCAAUUGGAAUCGAUUGAUCAUCAAGUUAUAUUCAAAAACAAUGGACUUGUGGCAGCAACACUUCAACUAGAUCAAUCGUGUUCCUUACCUGAUGAACUUCGAGUUCAACCAAAUGAAGCAAUUAUUCAACCACAAUCAAAAUUCAUUGUUAAACUUCGUUAUAAACCGAAAGAUUUUCAUUCAUUUCAACAUCUCAUUCGUUUCUUGAGUAACACGUCGACAAAGAUCAUUGAAAUUCCUUAUUCUCUUAGAUUUCAACGACCAAUUCUAAGUAUAAAUCCAGGUUGUGUCAUUGAUGUUGGUUUAAUUACAUUUGGAACAAUAAUUCGAAAAAAACUUUUCAAUGUGAAAAACCUUGGUGAAUCUGAUCUUCGAAUACGUUUCAAAGGACCUUUCUUUAAAAAUUCCAUUGUUAAAGAAUUAGAUCUGGAAAAUCCAUCUAAAGCAUCCUCGACCACAUCAGCUGUAACCGAAAAUGGUUUUAUCAUUUCACCAAAAAUGAGUCGUUCAUUUCUCGUGAAAAUUUUUUGCGAAAAUCAUUCAUCGAUUUCAAAUUUACCAAAUCUUGUUGUUCUCGGCGGUUAUAAACUCAUCACUUCAUGCGAUCCGAUUAUAAGUAUUGAUGGAAAUCUUGUUAAUCGAGAAUGGACAAUUCUUCUUAUCGGUCAUAGUCGAUCAAUUCCACUUUUGAAUCAACCAACCGAGUCACAUUGCCAAUCUUGGUCAUCAUUGAGACUACUUCAGCCUGAAUGGCUUCGUUCAAUUUGUCAAAAUUAUCAAGAUUUAUCAUCGUAUGUUUCUCUCAUCAUUUUUGUUUCUCUUGCUCAUAUUUGUGGUUCACAACAAACAACUGAUUCUUUACCGAUUUCUGUCGACGAAUGGAAAUCAUUUUGUAAAACAAUCAGCACCGGAAAUCAUCAAAUUUCUCUUGAUAUGUUUGACAAGAACGAAAGAAUCGACGAAAAUCUUUACAUUUUAUUGAAACUACUUCAAAAUCAAGACUUCAAUUCUUCAUUUUUUUAUCAUUCAGCCAUUUUCUUGAAGUCAGUUGAUAAUGAAUUAACAAUGGGCGCACAAUUGUUUUCUUGUACGAAUUCAUCGAGGAACAUCGAUGAAUCGAUUACUUUUCAAUACUAUAUCAAUUAUUUAUAUAAAUUUUAUAGAGAAUCAAAUCUUAAAGAAUCGAUUCGAAAUUCUUUUAAAUUGGUUUAUCGUUGUUUUGCUAAAGAUCCGAAAAUGAAUCAAUCAAUUGUUGGUUUUGUUCAUUUCCUCUAUGGAACACUUGAAAUGAAAACAGUUGAUGAAAUUCUCGAUAAAUUCUUGUCAAUGUUACCCAAAACGCAUUCAAUUUGUGAAUUAUUCUCCUUACAAGAAGAUUUUCAAUGGAAAAUUCGUUUACUUAUGAUUGAUGAUGAAAUUCGAGAUGUUAUUAUGAAAUUAAUCAAUGAAGAUUGUCAAACAUUAAUUGAUCUGAAUUGUAAAUUUAUCGAUCAACAAUCAUCGAAGAUGUGGAAACGUCAAAUUCUACUUUUACUUCGAAUUAUUACGAAACCUUGGAGAAAAUUGAAGGAUCAUCAAAGAAUACAGAUUUUCAACGAUAUGUUUGCUGAUUAUACUGAUUUUCUUUCAAUCUUAAUUGAAACAAAUGAAAAUUCUUCAAAAAUGACGAAAUGGAUUUCGAUUUCCAAAUUUAUUUUUGAAAAACUUCAUUGUUUAACAUCGUUUGAUGAAAUUUGUUCACUUUUUCAAACAUCGAAUGAAAAUCAAAUAUUGGAAUUACUUCGAUCAUUUCCUCAUCUUGAACAUAUUCAUUAUGAUUUAGCCAAACAAAUCUUGACAUGUCAAAAAUCGAUCAAUGAAGAUCAUUAUCCGAUUUCUUCAUUUGUUGAGAUCGUUUCAAAAAUAUCGAAUUUCACCAAAGAUCAGAAACAUUCUGCACAAAUGUCUUUCAUUUCAGCUUGGAAAUUAACACAAAUUGUCAACGAAGUCAAUACAAGAGUUUGUGACGUAAUUGAAGAAAUUCUUUUAUUUUUUUAUACUUUAAAUAUUGAUAAACAUUGGUCAUUAAUUCGUGAAUCAUUGAAACAAAUUUCAAUUCAUCCGUCUUGGCAAACAAUGAUGCGUUUAGUGAAUUUAAUUAAUGAAGAUUAUUCAGUAAAUAAACAUAUCGAGCAAUUUCAUUGUCAAACGAAUCAAGAAGAGAUGUUACAAAGUGUUUUUCAAUUAUGUUGUGAUCUUUCAUCUGAUCGAGAUGGGAAUUUCUGUGAAAGAAAUUUCCAAAUUACUCCAAUCGAUUCUCCAUCGAAGAUGAAUAUCUUGAAGAGUAUUCAACCGGUUGUUUCAGGUCAAUUAAGACAAACAAUUGAUUUAAUACUCCAAUCGAUGGAAAUAUUUGAAAAAAUCUUUUCAAAUGCUGACAAUUUCGAUCUUCUUCCAUUGGAAAUUCUUCCAUUAAUGUGGCAAACAGUAUUUCAUCUUGUUGAUGAAGACUUAGUACGAAGUUUUCAAGCUAUUUCAGCAAUUCUCGUCUCUUUCCAAAGUUUAAUAAUGUUCAAAGGCGAAUCUUUCUGCCAACAACUUUUCACGAGUAAUUUAUCAUCAGCAUUUUGUAUUUUGGCACAUUAUCGAGAAAAGGAUCUUUCGAAAACGAAAUCUUCAACUUCUUCAUCGAAUAUUUCAUCUAUUUUCACAUUGAUUCAAACUCGAAUAGAACAAAAUAAUAUUUCACCAUCGAAUUCAAUUCCAUUCGAAGUCAAACAAUGGAUUAUUCCAAUUGAAAAACAUCCACCGGAAAAUCUCCUUCUUCCUAAAAUAGAUUUAUAUUCAGCAGCAACGCUGAAAACAAUGGAGAACACAGUUAUGAAAUAUGUAAAUCGUUCAAACGUGCCAAAAAUCUCCCUUGAUACUCUUGACAAUAUCGAAUCUUUAGUCAAUUGGCUAUUUGAUGAAGAAACUGCUAUUACUGAAUGGUAUGAUGCCUUUGUAACAUUCAAUGUUCUUGUUUGUCAAUCAUCUACAAAUGAGAAACUCGAUCGAAUAUCCUCCAGUACUUGUCUUGUUCAACGUGGUCUUCAAUUACUUCGUUGUCUUGUGAUCAUUCGAUUAAGACUCGAACCAAUAUUUACUUAUGAAGCUUUGAGUUUUGUUUCAAAUCAUAUUGCACGAAUAGAAAAAUGUUUUCGUUCAUUGGCUUUGGACAAAUGUGUUCAGUUGAAGAAAGCAUUGGCGUUACUUCACAUCGAUUUAACUGAGUCACCACCUUAUUUCAAACGAUCGUCAUUUUCGUCGUCUCGAUCAAAAUUUAAAUUCAAAUUCGAUUUCGAUUUCAAUAAAAAUCUUAACGAUCAAUCCGAAUUUUCAACAAUUUAUGGAGAGAAAUACGCUGUGAACUUAUCAAAAUCUCAAUGGAAACGAAUCCUCGGGGGAAAAGCUCAUAAAAGAUUUGAUGAAUUUGUCUCAUCUCUCGAUGAUGUUCCUUCAUCGGCGAUGGAAUUUGAUAUUGAACAUCGAAAUGAAAGAGAUUUGUCGAGUAGCUUUCAUCGAAAAUCAAAACUUUCAUCGAAGACUUCAUUUGGUUUUAAUUUUGGAGCAUCAAUGCAAAGUCAUGGAUCCAUUGAUGCUAAUCUUCUUCCUGAAAUUGAUUCUCAAUUGAAAUUCAAAUAUUUGAAAGACGAACGACAAUUAAUGAAAAUGUAUCGAGCUGUUGAUCAACGUAUUUCAUCGAUUUCAAAUAUGAAUCAACAGAAUACUCAUGUAUCAUUACAAAUUCCUUCGAAAGCAUCAAGAUGGACAUACGAACGACUCAUUGAACUUCCUGUUUUGAUACAAAUGAUCAAUCUAAUGAUCGGAGCUUUUCGAACAAAUUGGGAACGUUUAUUCAAUCAAAGUCAAGGAACUCAUUUUCAAGAUAUUCAUUGGUGUAUUUUAAUUGACAAUUCCGGUUCAAUGAGUGUUCAUCGAAAUAUUCUUUAUGAAAGUCUUGUCAUCUUAAUGGAAAUGUUACAUAAACUUGAAAGUCCAUUUUCAGUUUCUCGUUUUGGUGGUCGAACUAAUCAAAGAAUAUUGAAAUCUUUUGACGAACCAUUCUCUCUUCAACUUGGUCAAUAUAUUCUUCAAUCUUUGACAUUUAAUGAAGGAACAUAUCCAGCUGUUGGUCUUAGACGUAUUCUUCAACUUCUUUUUAAUCAAUCAGAAAUAUCCAAAUUACCAAUUGAACCUGUUCAUCGUUUUGUUAUUAUGAUUACAGAUGGUCUUACGAAUGAGAGAGAUGAUACAACUUAUUAUAGUAGUUUAACCAAAUAUCAAAUUGAUCUCGGAAUUCUUUUUAUUGAAACUGAACAAGCAGAGACAAGUCAAAUACUUCUUGAUUGUUUAAAACGAGUUGAAAAUGUUGUGAUCAAAUCGAACGCCAUGUCUGAUUUACCUUAUUUAAUGCCUGAAUUAUUACAUAAAAUGAUACGAAAACAAUUUAAUUCAAUGUUAACGAAAGAUAUAGAAAUUCUUCUUCCAUCAAUCAUUGAAACUCAAAUACCAAAUCAUGAUGGAUCAACUUCAGCAAUUAAUAAAUAUGAAAAACAUUUUAAUCGUGAUCUCAAAUCUUAUUCAGUCAGUUGUCCAACAAGUAUCAUUCCUGGAUUGAUUCUAACUCAUUCGAAACUUCCGACUUAUCUUUUACAAUCCAACGAUCGUACAAAUUUGAUUUCACAUACUACUGGGAAAUUAUGUCAAUAUUAUCAAUUAUUUCGAUCAACACCAAUGGUCAAUGAAGCCGAACAGCAUUGGUUCAAUGAUGAAACUCGAUUUGUUCAUUUGAUUGAUGAUGUUGCUGAAAUUCUUGGUAAUUACGUUUUUCCAAUAAAUAAAUUUACUCAACGACGUGCGGCAUUACAUGGUUCAUCCCUCUAUAUGCCAGGUGUGAUUAAAGCAAUGAAUAGUGAAUGGCAAUAUAAAAAGAUUUUUGCAGCGAAAUUAGCUGGUGGAAAACGUGAACAUGCAGUUUGUUUAGUUAUUGAUGUUUCAACUUCAAUGUCAAAUGUCAUCAAUGAAUCAAUUUAUGAAACACUUGUUGUUCUCAUCGCAACAUUAAGAAAAAUUGGAAUUGAAAAUAUUUCAAUCAUUGUUUUUGGACAAACUGUUCGAUUAAUUAAAACCAAUGAACAAGAAUGGAAUGCAUUGAUCAUUUAUACUUUAAUGAAAGAAUUACAAUCGAAAUCGGAUCAAAAUACAAAAGAUGCUCAUGGAAUCGAAGCUGCGAUUGAUUUACUUCGACAAUGUACAAAUAAAGGAGAAAAGAAAAUUUUGAUUUUUACCGAUGGUUAUACAAGUUGUGGAUAUCAUUUAUCGAUGGUUCAAAAAAGAGCUGAAGAUAAUCAUAUUCAUUUAAUUGCUUUAGCUAUUGGAAAUUAUCGAAAUAAUUUAAAAAAUGUUUAUAAAUCUUAUAUUCAAUGUUCGAAUGUUUAUGGAUUACCCGGAGCUUUUCGAGCGUUGUUUCAAAAUGAUAUUCAAUUAACUUCUUCUGAUUGGAUGAUGAACAACAUUACCUCUUCGGAUAUCGAUUCUGAUCGAAGUCUUUUACCAGGUCUCUACGAAACUCUUCAAUCAGAGAAAGUUUUUCAACCAUUAAUCAAACAAUUAGAUGGACAACGUGAUAUACAAAUAGUUAAUCGGAAUUUACUCGAUGGAGAUCUUACAAUUGAUCUUUGUUUUUGUCUCGAUUGUACGGGAAGUAUGUCUCGAUGGAUGAAUGCUCUAAAAACACAAAUGAAACAAAUCAUUAAGAAUAUUCAAGAAAUGAUUCGAAAGAAAUAUGAAAAUCUUCGAAUACAAUUACGUCUGGCUCUUGUCGGAUAUCGAGAUAUUCAUGAUGAUCCUCGUUUUUCUAUUCGUGAUUUUACAACUGAUCACGAAGAGAUUUUCAAUGAAUUAAACAAAUUCAUAAUUACUGGUGGAAAUGAUAUACCUGAAGAUGUUCUUGGUGCACUUCACACUUGUUUAACUUUACCAGGUUGGAAAGCAAAUCAUGGUCGAUUUAUUGUUUUAAUCACAGACGCACCAGGACACGGUGAUCUCAAUGAUUUAUUCCAUGAUGAUCAUCGACAAGGAACUGAUGAACAUUCAUUUACGAAGAUAUGUGAACGUCUUCUUCUCAACAAUUAUGAUAUCGAUUUAAUCUUGUGUUCAAUUAAAAAAGAAGCUACAAUGAAAAUGCAAAGCGCUUUUGCGAAUUAUUAUCGUCAACAUGAAGAGAAUACAGAUAAAACAUUUACUGUUGUUUAUCCAUUUGAAAAUAAUGAACAUCUUAUUCAAUCAUUUCAUUAUAUUUUCGUUCUUGAUGGAUCAGAUUCGAUGGAAAAUCAUUGGCAAACAAUGAUUGCAGCAUAUCAGACAUUUAUUCAAUGUCGAAAAAUGAACCAAGAUUUCGAUGAUAUAUUCAGUGUUAUACAAUUCAGUGAUCAAGUAAACAUUGUCUAUGAACAGAAAAAACUUGACGAAGCUCAUCAUGAGAUUCAUCGAAUUGGUGGUGAGACAAAUUAUGAAAUUGUUUUGAGAAAAGUAGAAGAGAUGAUUGAAAAUGAUCAAAGUCAAUCAGUAAUUGUGAUGAUUUUCAUGUCAAAUGGAAAAAAUCCAUCAAAACAAAAGCCUGUUGAAAUGAUGAAGAAAAUUCGAAAUCAGAGUAAAGAAAAACAUGAUUUCGUUUGUCAUACUGUCGCUUUUAGUCAAACAUCGAGUUCAAAUCAAGAAAACAUCAAAUUAAUGGAGGAUUUAGCAAAAGUUACUGAUGGAAUUUGUUAUCAAACAUUCAAUGACGAUCAGUUUAAAAAACCUUUUGUUGAAAUUGCUGUUAAUGACAAAACAACAAACAAAUUGAUUAUCAAAUAUAAAAUUCAUUCGAAUAUCUUGAAGAGAAUUCGAAUGGCUUCUACAUCUGUACCAAAUUACCCUAAUCGAGAAAUUUCUCAAACAUUUAAAGAUAUACUUGACAAUAAAUGUCAAUCACCGUUGAUUUCAACUAUAAACAUUCUUCGACAAGUUGUUGAGGAAUUCAAAACUCAAAAUCAAUCAAAAGAUGAUCCAAAUAAUGAAAAUAUUCGUAACGCUUUUGAACGAUUAAGAGAAAUUGUUGGAGAAAUUACGACAAAUAGUAUCGAUGAUCCAUAUGAAAUCUCUUUCAUCAUGGACACAUUGAUUCUUCCCUGUUUUCAAUUUUAUUCAACACAUGAAUUAUUUUCGAAAGAAUUCUUUCGACUAUUUGCUCGUGUCAUAUCCCAUUCAUUUAUUAGGAAGGACAAAGAUUAUCUCAAUUCAAUUGCCAUUAUAAUCACUCGUUCAGUAAUUUAUACAUCGAAAGCAGACAUUAUGAAUUUAGAUAAAUGGACCAAGGAGAAAUGGUUGGGAAAGAGAAAAGAUAGAAAUCGAUUAAUUUAUCAAUCAGACAAAGAAUUUCCUUUCAAAGAAAAUUCAAACAUUGUCAAAACUUUAACGGAUAACAGUAAAUAUCCUGUGGAUUUUGAUUCUCAAUUAGUCCAUUGGAUUAAUUCAAAUCAAAUUUCCCGACGAAAGAGCGAAAGUAUUGAAACUAUUCUCAUGUGUUUAACUGAUCUAGAAUGGAUUUUGCAAAUUCUCAUUAAUAGUGACAAAUGUCUGUCGCUUUUGCUUUCCUUUUCCAUAAAAAGACCAAGAAUUCGAAAGAUUGAAAUCAACGAUCGAAACAACGAUCAAGCGAUUGCUAAGCUUCAAUCAAUUCAAAAUGAAAUCAUUGGUCAAUAUGAAUAUUUAUCGUUAAAUCGUUUCGAUAAUUUUAUAAAUGUUCGUUGUCAAGUCGAAUGGUCCGAUGGUUAUUCAUCAAUUUAUCCAACAAAUCAAAUUUCAUGUCGAACAUCAUAUUUAGAAAUUGUCGCGAAAAUGCUCAUUUUUAGUUGGAAUUUCAAUGACAAUGAACGAUGUUUAUGGAAUUGUAUGAUACAAAAAAUUCAUCAAAUAUCUCGAGAUUCGUUAAAAGAUUUCGAAGAUUUUCUUCUUUAUUUUGUUGAACACGAUGAUGAAAGUAUUCGAGACAUGUCAUUCAAAUUAUUCUUAUCAUUUAUCGACGAUAUCAACAUUUCGGAAACGUUGAAACUAUCUCGAUUAAUUUCAUGUCGAAUGAUUGAACAUAUUUUGGAGAAAUGUUGGAAAAAAAAUCGAUUUGAUCUCGAUACAAAUGUCAUUAAUGCAUGUCUUCGUUCAUCAUUAACAUGGUCAAUUAAUGAACUUAUUCAUCUGUUGAAAUCAUUGUUAAAAACAUUUCAUAUGAUCUUUGAUGAACAAUCAUUAUGGUGGACAUUCUUUCUUUCACUUAUUGAAACAAAUCUUCAUCGAUUAACUCUCGUCAAGACUGACAAAGAUUUUACUGACUUUUCUUGUCAAAUUAAUCUUUCAAUUGCCCAGAGAAUUAGUCAAUAUUCAAUCGAAAAGAAUAAUAUCGAUUUAUUGAAACUUUUCAUCGAGUCUUGCCCUUUUGAUUGGAUAAAAGUCUUUUUAGAGAUGUUAUCUGAUGAACAUACGAAGUCAACAAUGUUAAAUCAAGGUGUCGAGCUCUUUCGAUUAGCUCGUGUCAAAUCUUUUCAUCAAUGGAAUAUUUCAUCAAGUGAAAAGCUUCUUCUCGAUUAUUUUCGAUUGUCAAUCAAUCAUCAAACGGGUUUAUUUGUCGAAUUAUUAAAAUUAUUCAAACAGAUCACUCCUCAACAUUAUUUGAACAACAAUACGAUUGAUUACCGUCAGAUAUUUUGUCUUUUCAUCGAAAUUUUAGAUCGGUCAUUUCAUUUGCCAAGUGAACAUUGUCAAUUUCAUCGCGAAGUGUUCUCCAUUGUUUUACCAAUGAUCUUCGAUUAUGUCAAACGAGCUUUACUCAACGAUUCCAUGUUGAUUGAAGAAAAAGAUCUCGAACGAAUUCUUCGAUCGACAUUUUACAUUUCAAUUGAAAACACAGAUCUUCGUUGUUUAUUUCAAUACAUCAUUCGAAAGGGACGAAAAGAUUUGAUCAAUACGUGGAUGGAUGAACUUCUUUUAUUUUUUUCGAAAGAUGAUCAAUUUUACGAACGUUUGCGACUUUUUUCAAUGGAUGAAAAUCAAAUAAAUGAACUAUUAAAAGAAAAACUCGACCAAACAACAACUCUCAUUUCAACAAGUUCAUCAUCAAAUCUUUUCUCAACUCAUAUUCAACAAUCAAUGAAAAUUUAUCUGGAAAAUCUUUUAAAUUCCAAUGAAAAUAUUCGAUUGAGUGUCAUUCGUUUGCUCAUUUCAACUCUAAACGUUCAAUCGAAUGAGAUUGAACAAAUUUAUCAAAUUUUGCCCAAAACAUCCAAAGUACAAGAAAUUGAAACAAAUGAUGAUGAACGAGGAUGCAAUUAUUUAAUUGAACGACAAGAAAAACGUUCCAAAUAUCAAAUUCCUUUUCAAUUAAUCAAAUCUUCGCAUUUUCAACAACUCAAUCAAGAUUUACGUAGAUCAUUCGAUGAAAACGAAUCAUCAAGCAAAGAUCUUUCUGAAUUUCGUUCGAAUCGAUCUUUAACUCAAUUUAAUUCAUUGAUUCCAAAUGAACAAAUUCAUCAACCAUUAGUCGAAACCCAAUCAUUGAUUAACAAUCGAAAACGAAUUAUUGAAGCUAUUCGAACACCAAUUCAUCUUUUACUUCAAGGUGAAACCGGUGUUGGAAAAACCAGUUUAAUCAUUGAUAUUGCUCGUCAACUUCAUCAACCAUUAAUUCGUUUUAAUUUCUCAUCGAAAACUGAUCUUGCAAAUCUAUUUGGUUCAUUUCAAUUAAAAACAAAUGGAAAUCAGAUGGAAUUUCAUUUUGACGAAGGACCAUUUACUCGAGCAUUUCGUCAGGGUCUCUGGUUACUCUUAGAUGAAAUGAAUUUAGCAUCACCAAAUGUUCUUCAAUCAAUUGAACAAGCAAUUGAUUCAGGUAUUUUAUUUUUAUCAAAUGUUGAAGAUGAUCGAAAUGAAAAUGAUCAACAAAACAAAUCAAAUUAUCGAAUUUAUAAAAUGCACGACAAUUUUCGUCUAUUUGCAACACAAAAUCCGUCGUUAGGUCGAUAUAAAGAUGCACGAAAUGUUCAAUCGACUUCAUUAAUGACACGUUUCAAUGUUUUUCUUAUCAAUGGACCUGAACAUGAUGAAUUGAUCGCCAUUAUCGAACAUCUUUUCAAACAAAAAUCUUUUCGUUUUACGCUUCAAACACAAACAAUGAUUAAGCUUCAUGAAAAUGUUCUUCAACGAAUUCAAACGACAAAUUUUACUGAAAAACAUACAAAUUAUUCUCAAAUGACUAUUCGAGAACUUUUUCGUUGGACUUUUAAUCUUUGUCAUUAUGAAAACUUAUUGAAAUCCAACGGAGAUUCGAUAUCUAAUCCGAACGGAACAUAUAUCAAUGGAAUUCUUGCCGAACAAGCGAUGAUUAUCUAUGCUUUACGAUAUCGUCAAAAGUCGAAUCGAGAAGGAAUUAUCGAUGAAAUCAAACAAAUUUAUAGUUUAGAUUCUUUAUCAUUAUCGACAAAUGUCAUUGAACUUCAAGAUUCACUCAAAGAUUAUUUGAAAUUUCAAAUCGAUGAAAGAAUUCUUUCGAAUUUGUAUUUAAUAAAUCUUGAACAAAUUAUUUCUCAUUGGCCAAAAGAUGUGUCUCAACCAAGAGAGAAAGAUAAUGUGAGAAAAAUUAUUCGUAUUCAUAAUGAAAUCUUCAAGAAACUCCAUCUUGGACCAAUUCAUCGAAUUUAUCGAUGUUCCUACGAAUGUCUCUUAUCAAUUCUCAAAAAAUAUUUUGGACAUAGUUUAGAAACUUUAUCAAGAAUUCUUUUCAAAACUUAUCUAAAUAUAACUCGUGAUGAAAAUCAACAAAAAAUUCUUCUCCAACUUUUGGAAGAUCAAUGUAAUGAAUUGAAAAAUAAAUCAAAUGAUCUUCAUUCAUUACCGAUUGUUCCUCCACCGUUUUAUCUUGAUAAAGAAAGUCAACAACUGAUGAAACAUAUUCUUUCUUUACCAUCACAACAACCGAUUCUUCUUGUUGGACCCGAAGGUUCAGGUAAAAGUGAUUUUGUUCAAAGUUUAGCCAAUCUUUGUCAAGUUCGUUGUGAACAUUUGUAUUUAACGCCACAAAGUGAACCAUCAUCAUUAGUUGGUUCAUUAGUUCCACAAGGCAAAUCACCUAUUUGGCAAAAUGGAUCUGUAACUGAAGCGAUUGAAAAAGGUUAUUGGUUAAUUUUAGAAAAUCUUUCCGAAGCAUCGUCUGUCGUUCUUGAACGUUUAAAUUCAGUUUUAGAACAACCACCACAAUGGAUUUUACUUGAAAAUAAUCAACUUGAACCAAUGAAAGUUUCAAAAGAUUUUCGUUUAAUUGCAACAAUUUCACCACCAGCAUUAAAACGUCUUCAAAAUGCUUCAAUUGCAAUUAAUCGAGAAUUAUCACCAGCAUUGUACAAUCGAUUUACAAUAUUUUAUUAUGAAGGUCUAAAUUUAACAUCUUGUGAAACAUUUACUCAAUUAUUUCAAACAUAUUAUCCAAUUGAUGAUAAAGAUCUUUUAGAUUCUUUAUACGAUUUGAUGCAAGAUGAGAAAAUGACAAGUCGAGAUUUUGUUCGAUGGAUCGAUUGUGCUUAUCGAAUGAAACAUUCCAAAUAUCUUUCCUCGAUUUCAAUCAAUGAUGCUUCAGUUUUACUUUCAGCAUUUGAUUUAGUUUUCUCUUCGCUAUUAGAAAAAUCUAUUCAAAUCAAAGAGUAUCUCCGGUCAAAAGCGGAUAAGAAAUCAAUUGAUUGGUUCGAUCUUUCAAUUCCACAGACCAUUCGAGAUGAAUAUCAACAUUAUAUAAUCGAUUCUCAAAUAACUCCAUCGAGAUACGAAGCUGCAAAACGUAUUUGUGCUUCGAUUAUUUGUUCUCGACCAAUUUUACUUGAAGGACCCGCAGCAACUGGAAAAACAAGUCUCAUUGAUUAUUUAUCAAAAUGUUUCGAAAAAUAUCUUUAUCGAAUCAACAAUACACAAGAUACGACUAUCCAAGAUUAUUUUGGUUCGUAUAUGCCAAAUGGAGAAUUUCUUUUCGGUUCUUUAUCACGAGCAAUGUCGGAAGGCGAAUGGUUCGUUGCGGAUGAAUUUGAUUUAGCUGAACCAGCGGUGAUGAAUGUUUUAUAUCCAAUACUGGAAGGUCAACAACAAAUUCUUAUUCCCAAUACAAAUAAACGAUUAUUUAUCCAUCCAGAAUUUCGUUUUUUUGCGACACAAAAUGGAAUGAAUUAUCUUGGAAGAAAACAAUUACCCAUUACAUUACGAUCAAGAUUUCUCGAAGCUCCAUUUCAAUCAUUUACUGAAGAUGAAUUCAAAUUUAUCAUUAUUCAAAGAAAUCGAACUGAAUCGAAAGAUUUUAAUAAAGAACUCACAGGAUUUGCCGAUUGUUUAGCAUCAACAGUAACACAUUUGAAUGGUUAUGUCGAUGAAAAACAAAGAUUUUUAUUUGGAGGAGAUCGAAUCAAAUUAACAAUGAGAGAAAUUAUCAAAUGGAUUCGAAGAAAACAAAAUAAAAAAUCGAUUUCAUGGCAAAUCAUCGGAUUAACCUUACUCGAAUCUCGAGUACCAAAACAAUAUCGUCAAGAAUUUCUCAAUUGUUUUCAAUAUGAAAAGACUUUUUCACAAUUUGUUGAUCUUUCGUUUAAAGUUCAAAUUCAAAAAGAUCUCAUUUCUCUUCAUAAUGUUAAUUAUGAACCGAUUUCAUUUAAGUUUUAUAAUGAAAAAUAUGCUAAUGAAUCGAAUCUUUCUUUCGCACCACAAACAUUUCUUUUGUCUCUCUGGAGAAUAUUCGCUGCUGUUGAAGAAAAAGAACCAAUUCUUCUUAUUGGUCCAACAUCAUCGAAAACCCAUUUGAUUCGAACGUGGUCAAAAUUAAUGGCGAAUGAAAAUAAUCUUUGUAUCAUAACAUGUUCAUCUGCAACUGAAACAAGUGAUUUAAUUGGAUCAAUUAGACCUUAUACUCAUGCCGAAGCGUUUUCUCUAUUUGUCAAAUGUCUCCGUGAAUUUUAUCAACGAUUGAUAAAUAUUCUACAGGAUAAUCAUUCGUUAAUGGAAAGUUAUCUUCAAAAUAUUAAUCGUCUAAGUCAAAUUAUUGAAGAUUUUCUCGUUCGACUCAAAGAUGAUCAAAAUCGAAAACGACUAAGACAAUUCAAACAUGAUCAACAAGUUGAUACGAUUAAUGAAGAACAAACUCAAUUCGAAGAUAUUCUAUCACCAUUAUCGCUUUCUGCUCCAAAUUCUCGAUCAGCCACUCCACCACCAAUCUUACAGAAACGUCCUUUACAAUUCGCUAAUGAUGAUCAAUCUUCGACAAGUGACGAUGGAAGUGUUUUUGAAUAUGAAGCAAUGGGAAAUGAAGUGGAUACAAUGCAAACAUCUGAUGCAGAUGAUGAUCCAUUUACAACGAAAAGUGAUGCUAUUAAUGAACCAUCAACACCUGAUGAUGUAGAUCCAUUCGAAAAUAAUUCGGAUAAUUUUACAGAGAAAAUGCCACAUGAUGAUGAAGAUGAUAAAGAUCCAUUCGAAGAGAAUUCCUUUCAAUCAAAAGACGACUAUGGAAAUCUGAUGGAAUAUUUUAUGAAAAAUGAAAAUGAUCUGUCGACAACAUCAUCGAAUAACAAUGGAAUAUCUUCAAAGCAAAAUAAAGAAAAGAAUCCAAUUUGUGAAGCAUUUCAAUCAAUUGAAAAUUCAUGGAAAGAUAUCGUUGACAAAAUGAAGUCAUUUGAACGAAUUUCUAAUGAUAAUGGUCUGACAUUGAUGAAACACCGUUGUGAAAUAAUCAUCAAUGAACUUCGUCAAGCCAUUGAAGAACAAAAAUCGAAUAUAUUUCUUUUUCAAGAUGGACCUGUAACAACAGCAGUGAAACAAGGUCAAAUUUUAAUUCUUGAAGAUAUGAAUGAACCAUCACAAGCAGUGAUAGAACGAUUAAAUAGUUUAUUAGAAACUGAACCAUCGUUUGUUCUCUAUGAAGAUUUUACCAGUCGAAAAUUUGGAACAGAUGAUCAAAAUCCUCGUUCAAAUAUUUCAAUUCUUCGAUCAUUUCAAAUCUUCGGAACAAUUCAUUGUGAUGAACAAAAUGAAACACGUGUACAAAUUAGUGCGGCGACACGAUCACGAAUGACAGAAAUUCGUGUUGAAUCUUAUGAUUAUAAAGAUUUAAAAUCAUUGGCCAAACAAAAUCAAUCAAAUGAACCAACAUUCCAAGCAGAAUUUGAACAAAUGAUUGACAUUUUAGCGGAUAAAUUGGCACCAACACUCGCUCGAGCAACAAUGAAAAGUGAAUCACUCAAUUCGAGAGAUUUUCUUCGAUUUGCUCAAUGUUUACAAUUACAUUAUCAUUCAAUGCCAAUGAAACAAGCUGCAGCUUUAUCGAUUAAAUUUUUAUUUCUUGAUCGGGUCUCCAUGGGAAGAAAAUCAUCUUUGAAAUCAGUCUCAACUAAUGAUCUUCUCUGGCAACAGGUUUUAAAUGCUUUCCAAUGUGACAGAAAUUCAAUUAUUCUCGAUGAUCAAAUUGAUCAAUCGAUUAUUUAUACAAAUAUCGAUGAUUGGUGUCAAAUCGAAAAGAAUCAAUCGACAUCUGAACAUCAAUGGGCUUUACGUCUGAAAUCGAAUCGAUUAAUUGCUCCUUUUUCAACAAAAAUUAUUGAACAACCUCAACUUUCUCACUUUCGAUUAGCAGUGACGAAAUCAGUUUUGAAUAAUAUCUCACGAAUCAUUUUUUCUCUUCAUUCAUCGAAUCGACAACUUCUUGUUGGUCCACCAGGUAUUGGGAAAACAAAAAUCAUCGAAGUUUUAGCAGAAUUACUUGGUUAUCAAAUCAUUCGAAUUAAUUUCAGUAAUAAUACAACUUUUGACGAUUUAAUUGGUUCGUUUGUUCCUCGAGUUGCUCAUGGACAACGAUCAUUUCAAUUUCAACCAGGUCCACUUUAUCAAGCUUUACAAAACGAUCGUCAUAAUACAAUAAUUCUUUUUGAUGAAUUAAAUUUAGCCCGAAAAGAAUUACUUGAUCAAUUAACACCACUUUUUGCCAAUAGUAAAUCUCUUUUUAUUCCAUCUUUGGGUCAAUCAAUUGAUAUUGAUGGUUCAAUUGUUAUUGCUACAAUGAAUCCUGCAUCAAUUGGAAGUGGACGAGGAAAAUUACCACGAUCAACUGAAUCACAUUUUCUUCAAGUUCAACUUUCAAAUUUUGAAGUUAUUGAAUUAAUGCACAUUACAAUUUCUCUUCUUCGUCGUCAUCUCGAUGCUGGUUAUUUAACAAGUAAAAUCAUUGAAAAGAUCAAUCUGUUUCAUUAUGAAAUCAGUGAAAAAGCACGACUUAGACAAAUCGGUCGUAUCGGUGGUCCUUAUCAAUUCAAUUUACGUGAUAUUGAAAAAUUAUCAAAUCUCAUUGCAAAUCUUUCUGUAACACAUCGAGCUCAUCUUAAUCUUUCGAAAUCGAUUCCAAAUGAAAAUCUUUGUGAAUCAACUGAAAAUGACAAUGUCGAAGAACAAAAUAUGAUUCGAAGUCUUCAUGUUUAUUUAGAUAUUGUCUAUGCUUGUCGAUUUGAAUCAAUUAAUGAACAAAAUCAAGUUCGUGAAAUGAUUCGAAAACAUUUUCCUUUAAUUGACAAUUCACCUUUGAUCGAUCAGAGUCGAUCUCAAAUAAUUGAUUGUGAUUUAAAUCUUCUUGGUUAUGUUCGUCUUGGUUUUGUUUACAUUGAAAAGAAAGACUAUCCAUCAAUCUAUCCACCGUGUACUCAUAGUAAAAAAACUUUAGAGAAAUUACAACUACUCGCUGCUACUGUCAUUAGUAAAGCAACUGUUUUGAUUGAAGGUGACGAUUGUUCAGGAAAAACAGCGAUUAUUUGUGAAUUAGCACGACUUUGUGGAAGACGUUUAUUACUUUUCAAUCUUAACCAUGAAACAACAACUUCGGAUUUACUUGGUUCAUGGACAAUUAUUAACAAAGAUUUAUAUGAGAAGAAAAAAAUCAAACAAAAUCGACAAUUUCUCAAUGAUCUUCUUCGAUUUUCAUUGGAUCGAUUAUUACCUAUUGCUGAACAAUCGAAACAAAUAGAUCAAUUUAUUGAAAAGAUUAUUUCAAUUGUUGAAUUUUGGGAAAACAAUGAACAUUUGGAAACUUUCAAUCAUUGUCGUUCUUUAUUAGAAUUUUCCUCGAAACAAUCAAAUGAAUUAUUAAACAAAUGUUUAAGUGAAGAAAUUGAAAAAUAUUUCGAUUUACUCGAUCAAAUUGAAGAUAAUUGUAAAUUAAUUGAAGGAUUAUCGGAAGGUUUAACAUUUACAUUUAAUAAAGGACCUUUAAUUGAAGCAAUGGAACGCGGUGAUUGGAUUCUUUUAGAUAAUAUCAAUUGUGCUCGAGGUGAUGUGAUCGAACGAUUAAAUUCAUUAGCUGAAAGUGAACCAAGUUUAAAUCUUUAUGAAUCAAAUGAAACACAAAUUUAUCGUCGUGAUCAAGGAAUUCAUCAAGAUUUUCGUUUAUUUGUUAUUGGAAAUACAAAUCGAAAAGGAAAUGAGAAAUUAUCAAAUGCAUGGAAAAAUCGUUGUUUAAUUAUUCGAAUGAAACGACUCGAUGAUGAAUUAACGAUUGAAAAUGUCGAAAAUCAUGAUACAAAUCAAUUAAUUCAAGGAGAACUUCAAGGAAUCAAUGCAGGAGAAGAAUUUACUCAUCUUCUACUUCGAAUUCACGCAUCAGCUCAACAAUUAUUCAAUGAAAAACAAAUCGAAUUGAUCACUUCGUACAAAUAUUCGUAUCAAAAUCUGAAAAGAGCCGCACGAAUCUUACGAACAUAUGCACGUGAAGGAAAAGAUUUAAUGUUAGCAUUAAAAACAGCUAUUUUUAGAAGUUAUAUCGAUCCUAUUGUUAAUCAAAAUGGGAAAGAAGCAUUAAGAAAGUGUUUUAUCGAACAUCUUUCCAAUGAGGAAUUGAAAAAAGGAAAUUUUUUAACUUUACCAAUGAGAAUGACUUCUGAAACACUUGAAGAACAAGUUGAACAAAUGGAUUGGUUUAAAUCAGCACAAACUCUUCGAGAUGUUUUAGCUUCAAUUGAAGAAUCAACUUAUGAUUUUCAUCUUCAAAUGAUUAUUAAAGAAUUUGAUGAUGAAUCGUUUCGUCAAAAAGAAUUUAGUCCUUAUGCUUUAUCUUUACUUGAUCAUCUUUCACCUUUAAUUCAAAGAAAAGUUUCAAACAAUGAAGAACAAUUAUUUGGACAGAAGAUUUCUUUAUUUCGUCAAAAACUUCUCCAAAUUCAUCAAGAAUAUUUCGAUCCAUUGAUUAUUAAUGAAAUAAAACCAUUUUUCAGUGAAAUAUCGAGGUUUCUGAGAUCCGAAUCGAUUCUUUUGAUUCUUGAUCAUAUUGAAGAUACGAUCAAUCAACUCAAUCAACAUGUUAAACAAUGUUCGAUUUUAAUUGAAAAUUUUGUUAAAAAAACGUCUUUUCUCGAUGCAUUUUCUCGAACAAAAGAAUUGAAACGAAUUAAAAAAACAAUCGAUCAACUUCGAUUCUUAUCGAUUCAAAAUCAACAAAUUCGAUUAGGUGAACGUUCAUUGAUCAAUGCACAGAGAAAUUAUGAAGUUAACCAAUGUCUUUCUCAACUUCUCAUUUGUGAAAUUUAUAUUCGAUGGGUUUCAUUUCCAUGUCAAUCAACAGUGAAAAAUGAUUUAGAUAUUCUUCUUCGUACAAAUCAAAUUCUUAAUGAAAAUCUCAUCGAUGAAGAAACAACAACUGCUUUCAAAUUUCUUAAUGUUCAUUUACAAAAAGUUCAAGCUUUACCAAUUAUUUAUUCAACUGAUCAAAGAUAUGAAACUAUUUUCAGAUUAUUUCAAUGUUUACCAAAAACAGAACAAACUCGAAUGAUUUGGAAAUCUUCUGCAAAAUUAGAAUUGAAUGUCGCGUGUAAAUUAUCGAUGAAUCUUUUGAUUAAACGAGAUUUUCUUGAAAUCAUCGAUGAUCGAUAUUCUCUUUUAAAUUCAUCGACAUUUUUGAACAAUCUUAAUGUUCUUUUCUACAUGGAAACGAUUCUCAAUCGAAUCUCAAACGAAAUUGACAAUUGUCAAAUCAAUUUAGAAAACAUUGUGAAAGAGUUGCGUGAACAGGAAUUAUCAUCAAAUUCAUCUUUUCAAGUCAUUGAUAUGGAUUUUGCGCAAACAACAAUUGACAUUCAUUCAAGUGAUACAUCAACCGACAAAAUCAAUGAAAUCAAAGAAAAUCUUCCUGUUCUUUUUCUUGCUCUUCGUGAAAAUAUUCAACAAUAUGAUAAAGAUGGUUCGUUUAAUGAUAUUGAUAAUUUUAUUCAACAACGAGAAAUUUGUUUUACACGAGAUUUGAUUGAAACUAUCGGUGAGAUUUAUCAUCAAGAAUAUCUUUGUCAUCAAAAGAUUUCUUCAUCACAUUUACUUGAUGAAGAAACGAAACAAUUGAAACGACAUGUUUUACAAGAACGUGUUUUUUCUCGUUUUAAUCACGAAAUUCUUCGUUCGAAUCGAGGUCAAGCAUGUUUAGCAUUGAUGCAAUUAGUUUAUCCAUCUCUUCUUCAACAUGAUCUGCUCUUUUCGAUGGUCUGUGAAAAGAAUUUUCAUGAAAUUAUUGAACAAAGUUUAGAAAGACAAAAUCUUCUCGAAAUUUUCAUCGAACCACAAUUCAAUGAAAUCCUUCUCAUUGAUAAAAGUCAAUACAAUCGUUAUAUUUCAAAUGAAUCAGAUUUGAUUCAACUCGGUACACAACUUCGAGUGACUCAUUUUGUCAUUCAUCAACAAAAUCAUUCAAAUUCAACAAUUUUCGAUUCUCUUUUUGAACAAUUUCAAAAGAAAACUAAUUCAAUUGAAUUUCGUUUUCAAAAGCAAAUCGUUAAAAGUUUCUUAACUAACGAUCACAUGCAUUUCGCAUUACCUUGUCUAAUCAACCAAUUAUUUCAUUGUUCAUCAUCAAUCGAUUUAUCGAUAGUUGAAAUUGAUUUAGAAAACGCACAGAAGAUCAUCACUGAAAUUCGUUCGUGGUUCAAUGAAUAUGAAAGAAAUGGAAUUGUUCAAAAUCAUCAAAAUCGAAUCGAAUAUCAAGUAGAAAUCUCCAUUGAAAAACAUCUCAAGAUUUUUCAAACAAUUAUCAAACAAACUCGACAAAUUCUCGAUGAAGUUGUCUCAUCAAAAUAUGUCAAUAUCAAUUCCAUCAAUCAAUUUACCAAGAAUGUUCGAACUAAUUUAGAAAAACAAAUUAUUACCGAUUUGAGAAUAACAAUUAAUGAUGCUUUACAACAAUGUGUUCCCGAAACGAUUUCAUCUCGUGUGAAGUUGAUAACGAUUGUCGAUGCAAAAAAAUUCCGUUAUCCAGUCUUAACUCAAUUAAAACCACUUUUAUCUGAUCAAAAUAUAACAUUUAAUACAUUUGUUUUGAAAUUAAUUGAUCAAUUACAUCAAAUUCAAACAGAAUUUCUCAAACUACUUUUAACAACGAAAGAAAAUGAUGAAAGUGAAAUAUUUAAAAAUGCACAUCAAAUCUCGAAAUUCUUAAUCAAAACAAUGUCGUCGAUUAUGGAUUAUGUCGAUACAUUAGGAUUUCGAAUACCUUUUCCAGAUUUUACUCAAAAUCUAUUAAACAUAAACAAAGAAAUUUUAAAUCAUGUUCUUCAAAUUCAAAGAAAAACUCAACUAACAGAUGAAGAAAUUGGCAAAUUCACGUUGUUUAAAACGAGUGAUAUCAAUGAAUUUGAUUUAUCAAAUCAUUUGAAUUCACAGACAACUAUAGUAACAAAUAUUCCUCAAGAGAAAAAAGAUGCCGAAGAAACAAUUCUUGACAAUCAAAAAGAAUUAUUUGUCGAAAUUGAAACCGAAUUGGAAAAAUUACGACAAUUAGCUAAAGAAAAAGAUCUCUCUCGACUUCAAUAUGCAAUUGCCAUGUAUUUGACACAAUUAAAUCAAAUGAAACAAAGUCGAACAAGAUUAACUGAAUCAAAUCGAAUUAGUUGGAUAAAAUUACCUAAACAAUUACAAAGAAGUAUCGCAAACGAAUCAAUUGAACAAAAGAAAACUGACUGUUUCAAUAUUAAACGUAUCAAAGAUGAAUAUUUAUCAGAAAUUUCAACAGAAAUGAUUCGAAAAGAAACAACUAUUAUUGAUCCUUAUUCACCAUUAUUAUCAGAUGAACAAAGAAAUGAACUUCAAGAAACAAUUGAUCAAUUAUUUGAUGACGAAUGUGACGAAUCUGAUCCAACUUUAGUUUUUUUACUCGAUUAUCUUAAUCGAAAUAUUUAUGAAUCCAUGUGGAAAAAAGUUGAAUCAUUAGUUUAUUCUUUAUCAUCAUUAAAACAAAAUAAUAAAAGUACAUCGGAAUCAAUUCUUGAUACUCUUAACUCAUUGAGAGCAACAUUAAUCUUUCUUGAUGCGAAUCAAUUAGCUGAACAAUGUCGUCAAGUUUUACAAGAAUAUGAAGAACAAAUGAAAAAUGGAAAUAAUCAAUUGGCAUUUCUCAAUUCAAAUUGGAAAGAACUUCAUCGACAAACAUUAAAUAAUGUAAUGAAAAGACGAUUAAUUAAUAUUCAAUAUGUUAAACAUUGUGAUACUGAACAACUUCGGGAUAUGAUUUCAGAUGAUAAUCAGAUGAAUUCAUAUAAUUUAAUCUCUUUUUAUCCAUUACUUAUUAAAUUAAAGAAAAGACAUGAGAAAUUAACUGAAAUUGUUUAUGAUAUGACAAGUUAUAAUCAAAUUAUUGGAAUUCAUAUGUCAUAUUUACGUUUAUCAGAUUGUAUUGUUAUUGUAUUUCCUGAUUUGAUUCAUUUAUUUCUUGAAUCAAUUCAAUUUGAUCAAUUAGAUUUUCGUGAAACCAAAACAAUGGAAAUUUAUUUGAAUAGUGAUGAAUUUAGUGAAUCAAUUGACGAAUUUUAUCAAUUUCGAUUAAUUCUUUCAAAUGAUCAUCGAGAAUCUUUUAGUCUAUUUCAAAAUGAUCAAUCAAUAGCAAGAGAUGAUUUGAAGAAUAUUAUUAAAAAAUUCUUUACAAGAAUUUCAAAUGAAGGACAAAUCGAUGAUUUUCGCCAAGUUGGUUAUCAUUCUGUUAAUGAAAGUAAUGAAUUUCAUUCAUUUUUUGCUUUGGAAUUUCGAGAUCUUCUCAAUAAUUUGUUUGAGAAAAUGCGAGAAAAUGUUCUUGGUCUCACCAAACAAUUUAAUGAUUCUACUCGAUUUCCAGCUGAUGCCUUUCUCAACUUUUCCAAAUUAUUUUGCAAUGAAAUUAGUCCUGAUCUCGACAGAAUUCGUAUGCGACAACGAAAUAUCGAAAUGCGAUUAGCUGGAUCUAAAUUGACAGAUUAUGAAAGAACAAAUCUUGAAAAAGAAAGAGAUCAAAUCAGUCAAGACUAUAAACGAAUCGAUAUUGAUUAUCAUACGAAAUUAAAUAAAGAAAUUAUUCAACGAAUUCGACAAUUAGUUUCCAUUCAUGACCAAUUAGAAUCUCGAAGUGAUGAUCUACCCUCACAAAUAUUGAAAAUAAUUGAAAAUACUCAUGAAACGAAGAAUAUCAAGGAACAGAACAAAUCCAUUUCGAUUACAUCGAUCGACUUUCAUCGAAAAUUACUAAAUUAUCAUAAAAAUGUUUUAAAUAUUAAAGUUGAAAGUUUCGAAGGAUUGGAAACGAAUCUUCGCUCAUUUAUUGGAGAAACUCGAUCAAAUCUUGAGAAGAUCUACGAAGAACAUCGAGAUUUACUUCGUUGUUUCGAUGAAAAUGAUAAAUUAUGGAAAAUCUUUCAAACAGCUUUAAUUUCUUAUCAAUUAUGUCACAAUCAAUUAUUCAAUGCAAUGUUCAAUUGGAUUCGUGAUUUAACCAAUCGACGUAAGAUUUAUAGUAAUGAUAUUCAUCGAAUUAUGGAAAAUAAUCAAGAAAAUGUUCGAGAAGCAUUCGAAAUACUUCGACCGAUUAUUAAAGUCAAUGAAAUUUCAUCAAUUCCUGUCGAUAUCUCAUCAAUACAUCGUAUUGUUCAAGUCAUUAGUCGUACAAUUUUAAAUUUUGAUCAAUAUCUGACAGAAUCUCAAGCAUUUUAUAAAUCAACAAGUUUAUCAAUUCUUCUUCAUCAUUGUUUAACUCUUCAUGCUCGUAUUGUCGUUUUUCUUGUUCAACUUUAUAAAAAUUAUUCAACUGAUGAUUCACAAUUGAAAUCAUUGAAAAUUCAAAUUGGAAAUAAAUCAAUUUCUUGGAACGAUCAAAUGAAAAUCUUAUUAAAGAAAAGUCGUUUUCGUCUCGAUAAAGAUAUUCCAGGAAUAAUUUUACCAACUGAUGAAUUUUCAUUAAAAGAAGUUCAUCGAUUUCUCUGUCAUGAUUAUUCAUUUUUACAAUAUAGUUUUUCUUAUCGUUAUACACAUACAUUUAGUGGAAUUUGUUGUAAUCCAAUUGCUUUAAUUGAUAAUAUCGAACGAAAAAUUGAUGAAAUACUUCAAAUCGAUUGUCGUUAUGAAAAUCAAUUUUUAUCAACUUAUAACACAUCGUUAAUUCAAGUCAGUUAUUCUCUCAAUCUUCUUGUUCGAAAUAAUCAAUUAAUUAUUAAAAAAAUCUUAAAUAAUAAAAAUGAUUAUUUCGAACAAAACACAAUGAAACAUUUGAAAAGAUUUCUCGAGAAAUUAUCUGAUGUAACUCAACUGAAAUGUUCAUCAAUAUCACAAAUAUUAAAUGUAUUUGUAGAUUUUAUUCUCAAACAACAUUUUGAUGAUCUUUUAAAUGAAGAAUAUUUUGUUAAACAAUAUUUCGAUUUGAUCAUCGAUUAUUUUCAAUGGGAAAAACAAGAUCAAAUACAAAAUUUUCAGAAAAAACUUCAAAUUUUCAAAGAACAAACAAUUAACAAAAAUGAAAUUUCUCUUAUUGAAAAUUAUCUUUAUUCUCAGUCAUCUGAUGGUCAUCUUUUGACCACAAAUUCCGAUGAAUGGCACAAUGAACUUGUUGCAUUUCUUCUUCAAUCAUGGUCGCAGGUAUCACGGAUUUUAUCUUCAUUCGCUGGUCCUUUUUAUAAAGAAAAUGAAUAUUCUCGAAGAAAUUUAAAAUAUUCUCAAGUUAUUGCUUAUUUUCAGCAAGAAAAAAUGGAUUUAAUUAAGUUUAUUCAACAAACAAUUGAAGAAUUUAAUAAAAAAUACUCAGAUCAUCAAACGAUUAACGAUGAACCAGUCAUCGUUCAUUUAAUUCGAGUAAAAGAAAUCUUUCGAUAUGAAAUUAUUCAAAUGUCUUUGAAUUCAUUUCGAGAAAUCUUUUCACAUUGUGAUGAAAUUAAACAGGACAAUUGGCAAGGCAUUUUUCAAUUCAUUAAUGACAAAACAACACAGUGGAAUAAAGAAAUUCAAAAUCUUUUGGAUAUACGUAAAUCAAUAAAAGAAAAAAUCGUCCAAAGAAGGAAAAGCCAAUAUGAUGAUAAUGUGCGAAAUAUUGGAGAGGAAAAUAAACGUAAAACAGAAGAAUUUGAUCAACAAUAUGAAAGAUUCAACAAACGAUUAGCACAAAAUAAAGAGACAAUGAUGAAAAUCUUUGGACAAAUCAAGUUAAUUGGAAAAUUACUUUCUUCGGAUGAUUACAAUGGAAUUAGUUCAAAAGAUAAUUCUCGAUUUUAUGGGCAAUUAACUAAAAAUAUUGACGAAACCAUCGAAUUACAAGACAAAUUACCUGAUUCUUGUCGAUUAAAUGAAGAAAUUGAAGGAAAACAAUUAAUGGAAAUGGUUCAAGUUCAAUCAGUUCGAUUUAAUGUGCACCGAGUAACAUAUAUUGAAGAUAUUCCGAGCUCUAUCAAAUCUGAAAAGACAUCAUGGGACAACAAAAUUCAAUUGAUUUUAAAUGAUGAUGAUAUUCUCCAAGAAGGUGAAGUUGUAACAGUGAAAAAAUACGGUUAUAUGAAUUAUGUCGAUAAUCUCUUUGAGAGAAAAAUAAAAAUACCAGAUAAUGCAAUGACUCAAUCAGGUGAAAUUUGUCGAAUUAAUCUCAUGGCUGGCUCAAAAAAAGACAAACAAUGGCAAAAGAUGGCUCAGAUCUCGUUUUCUUAUAAUGAUCUGUGUCAAAAUACACGCACAAUUCAGGAAAACUUUGGAAAAUUUAAGAAAAGCAUAAUUGUUAUUGAUAUUACUCCUGAAAGAACUUACAAUUUAAUAGGAUCAAACGAAAAAUUACAAAAUAAAACUCUCGCUGACGAUCCUUCUCUAAAACAACACUAUCAACAACCUUAUGAAGUCAUCGAAUCACUUCAAAAAAAUAUUGAAAAGCUCCAAUCGGAACUCAAAGUAGGUUUUCAGGCUCCUAUUCCCCCACGACCCAUUGAAAUCCCAUCAUAUGAAAAUUUUGAUCUGAUUCCUAUUCAACAACAAGAAUCUGAUCUUCAAUGUCUUUCUCACCUAUCUGAUGACACUCAUCAUCAAUUAAUGUUGAAUAUGUCUGGAACUUUUAACACAAUUGUACAAAACUUUCAAUCGAAUUUCACAAUUGUUAAACAAUUUUUCAAUGAAAAUUAUGCGAAUUCUCUACUCAAUGUGACAUCAAUGAAAUUUCAUCAACGUGAAAGUCUCAUAUCUGAUUUAGGUAUUCUAAAAACACAAUUUUCUUUCAAAACAAUCCAUGAAAAUCUUUCAAUAAUACACCAACAAAUAAUGGAAAUCCAUUCAUCUGUUCAAAAACUCCGUACAUUUCGUGACAAAUUACAAUCAUCAAUUAAAACUCUACGUGAAUGUCGAUUUCGUGUUGAAAUAGCACAGACUGAAGGAAACAUCAUUAUUAAACCCAUCUCAUCUAUCUACACAAAAAAGAUGUUGGACUUAAUGAAUGAAACACUGAAUUUCACAUCCAAUUUGGUAAAACGUUGUGAAAAUCUUCGCCAAACAUGGAAAUCAGCUUGUGUACAUUAUGCACAGAUUCUUGUUCAAACUUUGAAUAAUCUAGAACAUUAUGAAAAAGCUUUGACUCUGUUUGAAAACGUGAAAACAGAUUGGCUAAGAGAAUCCCCAAAAAAUGCGAUCAAUCAGGAUGAAUUAGCAACUUUAGAUGAUUUGAUGAAAUUAAUAAAAGAACAACAAAAAGAACGCGUUGAAAUGAAAAAUAAUAAUUCCAUAAAACAAAUCAAUUUGAAAGAAUUAAGUGAAAAAAUGAAUAUGAAAUCAUUACUUCAAUAUCGUGAAUCACCAAUGUUUAGUCAAAUUAUAUUUGAAAAAGUUGACGAUCAAUUUAUUUCUUCACCAUCAUUUUUAAAUAUUCAAUUUCAACCAAUUGUUUUGCAUUGGUCAUCAAAGGAACCAAAAAGAAAAUUUAUUUAUCUUCUUAAUCGGACAAAUGAAACGAUUUCAAUUGAAUUUAUGAAAGAUAUGAAUGAAAACUCCGAAAGUUCCUUUCAAAUUCAACCAAUCGAAACAACGAUACGUGAAAAUAGUCGCGAAGAAGUUCAAAUCUCUUUUCUUGAAUCGAUUGAUGUUGGAGAAUUUAUGGAAAAAUGGAUCAUUUCUAUAAAAGACCAUUCUUUUGAAAUUCCAUUGAAAAUUUCUGGUGAAAUCAAACAAUUUUUCAUUUUUAUCGAUUUACCAUUGAUGGAUCCGAUGAAAAUGAAUUCAAUCAAAACAUUUUCUCUUGAUUUUGGUUUUGUUGCUUGUGGAAUUCAAGAAAAACUUCAAAAACAGUUUUGUAUUGAAAAUUCGACAUCAGUUGAUUUACGAGUUAAAUUACGUCGAGAAGCUGGUGCCACUGAUCUUUUUGAAAUUUCUCAGAAAUGGUUUAAUUUCAUUCUCUCAGCACAUGAAUCAAAAUCUUUAUCAAUUCAAUGGUUCAUCCCAGCGAUUCCUCGUGAUUCAACAUGUGUAUACGAAAUUUAUUUCAGAAAAGAUUUGAAAUAUCGUUUAUUUUGUCAAGGAAAAUCUCGAAAUAUCGGAUUUGAUUUGAUUCAUAAGUCAAAGAUUCUUCCAAAAGAUCAAUCUCGCAUUACACUUCCUAGUUGUUUACCAGGAGAAAUUCUUCAAGAAGAAAUUCUCAUAGAAAAUACCAGUGAAGUCGAGAUAAAUAUGAAUUUCUUUAUUGAAAAUCAACCAAAUGAAAUUGAACUUUCUUUAUCACAUCAACAAGCAAAUAUUCCAGGUAAAUCAUCAAUGAUGUUCAAAAUACAUUUAAAAAUGAAGAAACCUUAUCAACAAUUGAUAUCAACUAUUGUUUUUCAAGUUUCUCAUAUUCAAAAAAAUCUUGUUCAUAAACUUAUCUUACAAAAUACAAUUGCUUGGCCAGAAUUAACUAUUGAUGGUAACAAAAAUGAUUUAACAGUAGAAAUUGAGGGUGAUUAUAAAGAAUAUGGAAAUACAAUUUCUCUUUGUAAUAAUAGUUUAGUAACAAUGAAAAUUGAUCAUUUAUAUACAACAUCAACAUCAUUUACUCUUCAUCCCGAAUGUUCAUUUCCAAUUGAAAUUUUAUCUUAUCAAACAUUAAUCUGUCCUUAUGUUUAUAAAAUCGAUAAAAAACUCGCUAAUUUUCAUACUGCAAUCAUUGCUGACGGAAAUUUUAAAGAUAAUCAAACAAAAAUUGCGUGUCAUUUUCGACUAAUGAUUCCAGCUAUAUCUUUAUCACCAUAUGUUUUACAUUAUGGUGCCGUAAUUUCCAAAUCUCCUACAAAACCAUUAACAAUUCAUGUGAAAAACGUUGGAAAUAUCUCUGCAGAAUUGCAAUUGGAACGAAUGGACACUGACACGUUUUUUAUAAAAACUUUCCCAAAUCAAUCAUCUUGGUCUUUGUCUGCAGGAUCACACACAUCAUUAGUUUUAUCUCUUCACACAAAGGAGAUCUCUUCCCUCGGUAAUUUUACUUAUAUGAUUCCAUUGAAAAUGAAACAUUCGGGAAAGGAAAUUCAAAAUAAAAAACUAAUCAUUACUGUUCGAUUUCGAAAGAAACAAAAUUUGGAUAAACAAAGAUUAUUAAUCAAUUUUCCAACUUCAUGGGAAUUUCUUCAGAAUUCUUCAAUAUACGAACGUUUAAGAAAUAUUUUAGAAGAUGACAAAGAUUUACGUCAACAAUGUUUAGCAAUGGCAUUGUGUCCUCUUCUCCUUCUUUUCGAUGGUUUAAAAACUGUGACAACACGAUCAGAAAUAAUUCCAACUGAUCUCUCAUGUGAUCAGAUAUUUUUAUUAAUUCAAUCAAAAUUAUCUGUAAGGAACGGCAAUAAGACUCCAAUUGAAGAACAAAUCGAUCGAAUAUUGACCACAUCGUGUUCAUCAACUUGCUGGACAACAUGGUUAUCAAUGGUUCGGGAACUUCUACGAAAUUCAUUACCAAAUUUAAUUCUUAGUCUUGAAACAUCAACACCAAAUGAAUAUUUGAAAUUAGCGAUUGAUUGUGCUGAACAAUUAGCCAUUCUAAUCGAAGAUCACGCAGAUAAAUUGGAAGAUCAAAUUCUUGCUCGUCUUAUCGAAUACAGAAAAACUUCGACUCAAUUCGACGACGAAAAAUUUAAAUCAUUCUUGCACUACACAGCUGAUUUGUUAUUCAAUCAGAAUUCAUUUCAAACGAUACCUAAUGAAGAUGAUCAAGAGCGAAAGAUAAAAUUUAUUGAAACUUUGAUUAAAGUUAUACAAAUGAGUAUCGAAAAGAAAACCUUGAAAGAACAAUUCAAAAAUUUUGUUAUGGAAAUGCAAACAGAAAAUAAUCGAAAUAUUUUGACAUUUUUUCAACGAUUCUUAAUGUUAAUCAUUGAACGUGAACCAAUUCAUCAAGAAAUUCUCAUUGAGAAAUUAAAUGAAUGUAACCUUCUAUUUACUGAUGAUUUCUCAAUGAAAAAUCUGUUUUUUUCAUUGAAUUCAUCAUCAUCAUCAUCAAUACAAUCUUUACAAAAUUAUAUUAAUGAUCAAAUUCAACAAAAUCCAUCAACAAAUUAUCUUUACAAUUUUCUCAUCUCAUUAAUUCCAUUCGUAAAUAAUGAUGAUCAACAACAAUCACUUUAUGAAAUUUUACAUUUGCCUUUAACAUUAAUUUUAUUGUGUUCAUCAUUAUCUUUUCAGAAAAAAAUUCUUUUUCGAAGUUUAGAUCGUGUUAUUUCCAAUUUAACCAAUUGGUUUCCUGAUUGGUUCAUUCUUAUCAAUGGUUUAUGUGAAAUUUUACAAGAUCGUGUAGACGAUACAAGACUAAGUGGCUUUCAAUUAUUACUCAAAAUUGUCUUUCAAUCAGAUCCAAAUGUUUAUUGUACGAAGAAAAUUUUUCUCGACACGAUUACUUCAAUAUUGAACUUAGGGUCAACGAAUUGUCAAUUCGUUGCAACGUUACUGACUAAAUUGAAUGAUAAAAACAGCUCACCACUGUUUUUAUCAUUAGCAUUUCGAUUAACAUAUCAAAUGCGACGAUCUAGUAGAAAUGAGAUUCGAUGGUUAAGUAUGUGUCACUUAGAACAUGACACAUCACAUCUUUCAGUAGAUACCAUUACAAAUUCUUUACGUUCGACAUUUUCAAGAAGAAAGGAUAUUGAAGAACGUUUUCUUCGAAGAUUCGAAACAGCGGUUGAUACGUCGGAUAUGAAAGAAAUCUUGUCGAUUCUAUCAACUCUAUGUGAUAUGACAAAAGUUUGUGAAGAAGACAGAGAAAGAAAUCGUCUUUUAAUUGAUAUCAUUUCACAUAUUGGCUCAAAUACAGUGUCACUUAGCAAAACAGUCGAAUUGGGAUUAUCAUUGUGUAUUGCUCUACAUGACGCUACUCAAAGAAUGGAUUCAAUAACAACACAAUUCAAUGAUAGUCGAAAGAAAUUUGAAACAUCUGUUAACAAUUAUCAGCAUGAUCUACUUGCCUCUUUUAAUCGAAGAAAUCGUCUAGAAAUCAUCAAAAUUCUCAGUAAUCUUCUGAAUAAUCCAAGAGCAAUAUCUUUAAUACAAUUUUUGAUCGAUUUGAUAAUCGACCAAAUGGACGAACCCAAUGCAAAGAAUCUUUUCUUGAAACUAUGUUCGUUAAUGCCCCAUGAGGAUUAUGCAAAUUACGUUGGAAAUAUCGUUAAAGAAAAGAUGACUAACAUAGUCAAAAAUGAUCCGAAAAGAGAUAUUCUUGAUUUAGCUUUGCAAAUCCUCGAACCUGAAAUAAGUAAAUCGAGCAAAAUUGGUCUUGGGUCGGUCUUAUGUAAAGAGAACGUUGAUCCGAUACAAAGCUUAAAAAUGAUUAAAUGUUUGCUUCCGGAACUUCAUCAAGAAAGUUUCGAAUCAGCUAUUCAACAAUGGAAACCAGGUGAAAGCAAUGAAAUCGACUUCAUUGACAAUCUUCGAGUCAUAUCAGGUCCUCAUAUUGCUUCUGCAUUUCAAAUUUCAUUAAAUGCAUUGAAAUAUUUGCAAAGAGAUCGAUUUCAAGCUAUGCUCCAUCUUUCGCAACUAUGUUCACAACGAGCUCAAAUUGUAGCGAAAAAUCUGUCCGAAUUCUCCAACAAUGAUACAUUCGAUUCCAAGCAUCUUAGUCGAAUAACAUUUGAACUUGUCUCAGUCUUAUCUGGCUCUUAUAGUACAUCGUUACUCUUCAAAACUCUUGUCAAUCUUUAUGAUCAAAUUCAACUAUUCAAAGAUAUUGAUGUCAUUGAAGCCAUUGUACCAAUUUCACCAGACAUCGAAAAUUCCUUGAAACAAAUUUGUCAAACAUGUUCAAAACUCUUUUCUCGUCGACUUACUUUAGACAAUUAUUUCGAGAUCGCCUUUGAAGUUGCCGUUGCCAUGAUUGAUGAUGACGAGAUUGCCGAAUCGAUGAGAAUUAUUCAACAAUCGAUCAAACUUAUUGAAAAGAAAAAUUUUCGUUUAUUCGCUAAACUGAUGGUCGAACAUUGUCUCGUUCGAUCGUCCGAUAAAGACAAACAAAUCUCUCGAACAACUAUUUGUUCAUUACAAUGUUUCUCUUCACUUGAUGAUCCAUUGGAGAUUCUCUACGAAAUAAUGAAUAUCGAUGAAUUAAAAGUCAAUUUGAAAUCCAAACUUCAAUAUGUUUAUGAUCUCUGUCGAGAAUUUCGAUCGAAUAUGGAAAAACAGAAACGAACAGGACAAGAGAUACUCAUUCAUAGUUUAAAUCUUCUCAAAUCAUUUGCUGGUCGAGAAGCAAUAGAAAUUUCAUUUUUAACAACACUUUUUCAAUCAAUAGAAGAAGGUCAACAACACCCAGCACUUGACGCACUCGUACAAUACAUCAACCAUAGUGUUCCACGUGAUCUUCGUCAAAAUGUAUCCAAAACAAUGAGUUCUUUACAACAAAAAUUAAAUGAACAAAAAAUUGAUCGACAGACAAUUUACACUUUGACGAAUAAUUUACUUGAUGAAGAGACGAAAAAAAUGUUAAUUGACGCAUGGCAACAUACUUCAAUAUUAACAUUGAAUUCAUUUGAGCCAAUGGAAGAACUUUUAUCUGCUGCGUUAAGUGUUUUAAAGAUUUUUAAAGUUAAUACGACGAUAACAUCUCGUGUCGAAAAAAUCCGAAAAAUUCAGAUCGAAUUAAAAAUUUUCUGUGAAAAUGGAAACAAAUUAGCAAAUACAAAUGAACUCAAAUGUGAAGCACAAUAUAUGAAAUGUUUGGUCGAAAGUAUAGAAAAACUAUUCGCUCAACUCAUUCCAAAUGUAUCUCCAUCAAUGAUCAAUCCUUUCAGAAUGAUUCAUCGAAUUUGUGAAAUUUUAAUGGCAAAACAAUUGUUAACACGAACAUUCGAUUCAAUUAGACUUAUUGAUUUUGCUAUAGAAACAAUUAAUCAAUCAUUAGAAUCGUCAGUUGUAUCGUCAUUAUCAGCAGAUUUAACAUCUACAACGAUCGAUGAUAUUCCUUGUUCGACAAUUUCAACGCGAUCAGUUUCUUUACCAACUUUCAGUUUUACAAAUAGAGAAUCGGAAAAGCGAUCCGAAGACAAAGAAAUCAUUCCUAAAACCGUAUCAUUACCAACAAUUGAUGUCGAAUUUUCUCAGGAAAUACGAGUACUUCAUGAAAUCGAAACAAAAAUCAGAAUUGAUGCUAUGCAAAACAUUGAACAACGAACUUUAGAAAUCGAAAGUGACAAUAAUAUAUUGAGAAGCCGAAUGAAUGAUUUAUAUAUAAAUGAACAACUUGCUUUAUAUGAAAUGAUUAGUUACCUUACUAAAGCAAGAUUACAAUGUAGACAUAUUCAACAAGUUCUUGAUGCUUUACAACAAAUGGCUGUCAAUGAGAUGAUUCCAGAAAUUCUCAAACUUUCUUCCACAUCAAUACCAAAAGUCAUUUUAGCUUCAAUUGAAUUAUAUCAAUCAAUGAAACAAAUUCAAGGAACAACAAAUCCAAUUUGUGGACAUAUCAAAGAAAAAUCUCAGCAAAUUCAAACUGAUCUUAUCAACGUUUUGGAGAAAAUUCUUCAAACAGAAUAUCUUCGACAAUUGUGCAAAUCAAAUAACAAAGCCCUUUCAGUUGCAGAUUAUGAAAUACCAGCAAAUGGACAAAUGUCCUUGAUGAAUAAACGAACAAUUGUCCAUAGAACUGAUUUACAUCCAAAGAUUGAUGAAAUUCAACAAAUGAUGGAAGAGUUUGAAAAAUCUAAAUUGGAAGAAGAUCAUACUUUUGGAAAUACGAAUUUUCAUCGUUUAGAACUUCAUCUCGAUCAUUCCUUAUUACACAAUGAAAUCGAAUCAAAUCAAUUAGAUGAUGAUAUUGAAGAAUUGAAAGAAAUGCCAAUGGUUGAUCAAUCGAUUGAUUCAUCAAAUCAUCGUGAUAUUCUCUACAAUAUCAUUGAAGAUAAUCGACCAACUGAUAAAUCAAAUCAAAUCGUAGAUACAACAUCAAUCGCGCAAAAUUACAUUCGUUUAUCGACUGACAACGAAAUGAAAAACAAUGAGAAUGAUCAGAAUAAGAAUGAAAAACGUCGUCGAAUAAAAAUUUCCAGAAAAAAUAUCGAACGUUUGAAGAAACAUUCGGAAAAAUUAUUUCAAACAUUGUUAAAAUCGACUCAAACAAGUGAAAUCGGAAAAAUUAGUGAAGCAUGUGACCCGGAACAACUUCCCGAAGUUCAACUCAAUCAACCACGAUACAGUUUAUUGGCUCGAAUAACUCGAAACAUUCAAACAAUGUUAAUGAUGCGUUUACGUUCGGUUUUAAAAGAACAACUUGAGAAACCAAAAGAUGAAAAAGAAGAUUUACAAUUUGAAUUCAUUUUUUGUGUUGAUAAUAGUGGAAGUAUGAGUGGAAAAAAGAUUCGUGAAGCUUUAAAUACUUUAGUUAUUCUAAUGGAAACAUUUCAUCGUUUAGAAUGGAAAUAUGGUGUUGUUCGAUUUGGUACAGAUCAAAAGAUUCUUAAAGCAUUAAAUCAUCAAUCAAUGUAUGAACAAAUUCCAUCAAAUGGAAAUGUUAAUCUGAGACAUCAGACUAUUUCACGAGGACAAUAUAUUUUGGAAUCAUUUACAACUGUUGAGAAAACUUUACCAGCUACAGCUUUAAAACAAAUCGCUCAAAAUCGAGAUCUUUUUGGUGAAAAAGCAAAAUUAAAUGUAAAACGAUUUGUUAUUAUGAUUACCGAUGGAAUAUCACCUCAAAGUGAUGUUAAUCAAUUCAAUGAACAAUUGAAGAAAGCUAAUGCUGAUCUUUAUAUUGUUUGUAUCGUUCCAGAACAACCGAGAAACGUCAAUUCAACAACGAUGAGUGAACAAGAACGUUUUGCGAUUGAACAUGAAGAAAAAGCGAAACAAUUCAGUCAACGUGUGGCACCUGAUCGAAAUCGAUUAAUUGAAGUCGGACAUAUAGAUAUAUUAACAACAACAGUUCUAAGUGAUUUAGUGAACAUAGUUAGAUUAGCUACAAUCAGUUAUAAUGAAUCCAAUCGAAUCAACUCUUUAGUAUCAUCAAAUUCAGAUGUUAAUCAAAUUUGUGUAAUGAAACCAAUGGUUAUUUCACAUUACCAAGAUAUUCAAUCAUGGCAAUCUCCUAAGAUUGAUUUUACUGGUCGAUUUUAUAAUAGUGAUCCAAAUCGAAAUUUAGAUCAAAAACAGAAACAGAUUAAUUUGGAUUUUUCUCAUUCAUUCGAUGAAUUCAUCAAACAUUUCGAUCAGAGUAUGUCUGAUCUCGAAAACAGUUAUAUCAAUGCUGAAAAUCAAACAAAAAUUAUGAUCCAAACUGAAAAACUCUUUCGCCAAAUGGAACAACAUUGUGAGUCAUAUAUUAUUGAAUUUGUUCGAGUAAUGGAAGAAUAUCUUUUACCUGCUUAUAAACCAACACAAUCAUUACCAGAUACUCGUGGAAAUCGGUUGUAUAUUCCAGGUGUUGUUCGAUAUCUGUGUACUCAAGGUCAAUACAAUCGAAUUUAUUUGAAUCCGAUCGGUUCACCGAAAGCGGAAUAUCGUAUUGCGUUAAUUCUCGAUCAAUCGGUCUCAAUGACGGGACCAGCGUAUUUUGCUUCAGUCGAGAUUCUUUUCUCUAUGUGUGCUGCAUUAAAUCGUCUUGGCAUUGACGAUUUUAACGUUCUAUCUUUUGGCAGAGAGAUUCGAUUGAUUAAAAGUUAUAAACAAACGUAUGAUCGAGUAUUUUUUCAUCAUUUUCGUACAAAUUCGAAUAUUGAUGGUGAAACAACACUUCUAAGUGAUGCGAUUUUUGCUGCUGCACAAUUACUUUUAUUACAAACAAAUCAUCAAAAUAAUUCUGGUCCAAUGAUGAUCUUCGUUCUCACUGACGGUUAUGAUCAUCGUACACAUUUACUUGAUCGUGUUUUGACUUAUGUUGAACAACAAUCGAUCACUGUUCUUGGUUUAGGAAUUGGUGCGGAAGCGAAUGGUGUUUGUCAAUCAUUUCAUGAUUGGAUUAUCGCCCAAAAUCCUCAUCUCACUUCAGAUGCGUUCAUUCAAUGGUCAACUCAACAGACUGAUGGUCAAACACCUAAUGAUAGUCUUUAUCAUAAAGCAACAUUGUCGAAUAUUCGAACUGAAGAUGGUCGAACGUUUACAAAAAUCGAUGAUAUAUGGAAUGAAGAUAUGUGUAAUUAUUUUGAUGAAUUAACAAAUAGUGCAGGACGAACAAUUGAUGCUGUAUUUUCCAAUGAAGUUUAUAAUGCUCCGUUAACAGUUGAAGUUUGUUUUGUUAUGGAUUGUACAUCGUCAAUGGAUCCUUGGAUUGCAGCUUGUAAAACACAUAUCCAAUCGAUUGCUGAAGGUAUUGAACAACAAGUGAAAAACCAAUGUGAGAAGAAUACUACUUUACGAAUGGCUUUCGUUGCGUAUCGUGAUUAUAACGACCGACAACGAUAUGAUUCAAUUGAUUUUCAACCAUUAAACAUGAUCGAUGAAGUUCGAAAGAAAAUACAGAGUCAAAAGGCAGAAGGUGGAGGUGAUACUUGUGAAGAUGUUCAAGGUGGAUUAAAUGAAGCUUUGAAAUUGAGUUGGACUAGAGAUUCUAUACAUCCUGUUGCUAAAGUUCUUGUCUGGGUUGGUGAUUGUCCUGGACAUACUGAUUUCUGUCAUAAUAAAGGACAAAAAUGGGACAAUUAUUUAGAUGGUCUUUCCGAUGUACCAUUGAUGUCUGAUCUCAUCAAGCAGAUCAAAGACGAAGAAAUAUUUUUAUUGUUAUCGGAUUUUACAACUUAUGUUCAAUUGAUGUUACAAAACAUUGAAAAGAUCUUUAUCGAUGAUAGAAAAGAGUCCCAAGUGAAAAGAAUUAAACUAAAUUCACCUGAUACUACGAAAUUAUUCGAUGAAGUACAACGACAAAUCAGUAUAAUCAUUGCCAGUGAAUUCAUGUAA